GGGAGAAGCAAAGCACUAACAGCCGGGGGGCAGAGCGCUCUGCAGACCACACGCACAUCCAUGAACCCCAAAGGUAAGACCCCCCCCACCUUAAAAAAGAUUCCCCCACGCAGCAGGGUGUGCGUGGUGUAAAUUGACAGGAGGGAGAGGUUUUGGAGUAGGGAUGGGCAGGUGAUGGGCUAUCAUGGAGGUGUUGAUAUGCUUGUGCAGAGACAGCAUGUCUGUAGGUGAACAAGUCGAUCCCAUAGCAAUGUACUGCUUGCACCAUUCAAUGGAAACCAAGGGGUUAAUGGUGACGACCCCCCUAGCAGCAUGUUGCAGGGCUGUGUGGUUUGCCUUGGCAGGGGCUUCCAGGGAGCAUGGAGAUGCUGUGCUCCAGAGUGGGAUGCGAAUGGUGCUGAGGAUGGAGAAAUAUAUGCACACAGGGGCUGCUGAGGUUGGAUAGAGGGAAUUCCCUUUACCUUACUGCCAGAUCUUGUUUACACCCCAAAUGCGUUCUGUGUGUCUAGUGUCCUUCUAGUUUAACCCAUCAAGUGCCAAAUAGUAUUUAUGCAUGUUAUAGUUGCAUGAUGUAAAGAUGUUUAACAGAUAUCAAACCAGUAAACAGCGUGUUUGCUGCUCUUACAUUGCUGUCUUCAUUCUGGAUGCCCACCUAUGUGAUUGUAAACCUAUUACUCUUUCUAGGAUACAUGUGUGUGUCUUUGCUAGAUUAAAAAAAAUAAAAAAAAUAAACCGAAAGUCAAAUAUCUCUCCCAAAUCAACCCAUUUCCUUCUUUUAAAAACAUCCAAAGUGUGCAUUAAAUGCUGUUAUUAUGAAUACACCUGCUUGGUUUGUUAAAUGCCCCACUUACUCAAAUAUAGCAAUUCCUUUCAUUAUUCAUGUUAGAGCGUAUAGCAAUUAUCUGCUGUUAUAAUCCCAAUCAUCAGCAGAAUAAAUAUAUCUUAAUUCCCUGGCUUCUACAAACUAUAAACCACUUAAAUUCCAAAAAAAGCCAUAAAAGAUUCUUAUAUCUGGCUUAUUGGUAGUGAUGUAUUGCUCCUUAGUAGAACAUUAUAAUGUUUUUGUUCUGUAGAUGUUAUUUAUCACCUUCAAUAUUAAAUCCUACGAACACUUCACACACAGGGAUUGUUUAUAAAGAGAAGUUAUUGUGCAGAUUUCUACAAAAAGAGCAAUCAGCAGGAACAUUCCAUUAGUUACCAUGGUGAUUACUCUACAUUUAGAACUUUGCCCCACAGAGGUAAUUUAUGAAUCACUCUAUAGAGGCUAUACUUAUUCAGAACUGUUGAACUUAAACUGUUAUUGUUACUGAACUGCUGUAAAAGGUUAUGAGGAAUUCCUUUUUCUGAAGUAUUAUUUAAAAUAGAAUCCCAAGCCAUCCGGUUUAAAUGUAUUAUUGCUGUUUGUUUAACUCUUGUGAUAUUUAACGAGAGUGCAAUAUGCUGGCAAUGCUUUUUAGUUUUUAAAAGCUAGCUGACAGAACCUCAUUAAUGCAUUAUAUCUUUUAACUUGGCGUACUUAGUAAAUUUAAUGUGUGGCUAUGCAUGUUUGUAAUUAGUCAUCCUAUAUCAUGUGUUUUGCUUUUAUUAUUUCCUGUAUAAUUCAUGCUUUGCCAGCAUUAUGGGUGUAAGAGCAUUAUGGGGGAUGUAGUCCACAACAUCUGGAGUGCCGAAGGUUGCCUACCUCUGCUCUAAGCCAAUCAAUAGCUCCCCUUUGAUUUUAAAAAAAAAAAAAAAGUGUGAUUCUUUUUAUCAAAGGAGUUAAACUGCUUGAGAACUUUUUAACCCCUAGGGUAACAGAGUGUCCGGAGGUCUGCUGGCACUGUAGCAACUUAUUUUAGAUGAAGUUGUUAUGGUGACCUUAGUGUCUCUUUCAUUUCCAGAUUUUACUAGGAUCAUGACAUAAAGUGAUGAUUUUAUUAAUGGCAUGGAGGCGAGUAUUAUGCUGCACUCUUUCUUUCUUUUCCUCAGCAGCAAAGAAAGAACAAUUGAAAUAAUGAAAAAAAUAACGAGACAAUGUAACCGCAACUAUUUACUAAAAUAAAGUCUUAAAGCAUAGAAUUUAGCAGGGCUAACCAUACAGAUAUCUAAGAUAUAAUAUUAUAUAGUCAGUAAGAGAUCCUCUAUUUAAUAUAUAUAAAUAACUGAGAAUACAAUAAAAUAGGGUUUGUCUUGGAAGCAAUAAAGAUUUGUCUUUUAAAUAUUUUAUUAAAUAAAAUGAUAAAUAUAGACAUAAAAACUUAAUAAUCCAUUACAAUAAUUUAUAGCAGAGUUAAUAAGAUUAAAGUAUAUUCUUGCAAUAUCAGUAAAAUAGAAUAACAUACCCUCUUAAAGGAUCACUAUAGGGUCAGGAACACAAACAUGUAUUCCUGACCCUAUAGUGUUAAAACCACCAUCUAGCCACCCUGGGCCCCUCAUGCCUCUAUAAAUAUAGGAACAUCUUACUGUAUUCAAGCCAGAAGCUGUAGAUCUGCAUGCUGUUUGCCUAAAAAAAACAAAAAAACAAGCAGUCUGCUGACAUCAUCAGAAGUGGUAGCCUGAUCCAAUCACAAUGCUUCCCCAUAGGAUUGGCUGAGACUGACAAAGAGGCAGAUCAGGGCCAGAGACAGCACAAUUCAAACACAGCCCUGGCCAAUCAGCAUCUACUCAUAGAGAUGAAUUGAAUCAAUGAAUCUCUAUGAGGAAAGUUCAGUGCCUGCAUGCAGAGGGAGGAGAUACUUGAAUGGAUACAUUUUAGGCAGCCAUGACCCAGGAAGGAUCUCUAACAGCCAUCUGAGGAGUGGCUAGUGAAGUUAUCACUAGGCUGUAAUGUAAACACUGCAUUUUCUCUGAAAAGACAGUGUUUACAGCAAAAAGCCUGGAGGGAAUGAUUCUACUCACUAGAACAAAUUCAUUAAGCUGUAGUUCUGGUGACUAUAGUGUCCCCUUAAGUCAACCUCUCAGUCAUGUUAAAAUGGAGCAGCAUCUCUGCAUCCAAAAUUCUUUCCUCUGUCCUUCUAACAUUAAUAAGUACACAUAUUUAUACCUGAGAUUUUACAAUUAGGAAAUGUUACGACCUACCUUAACUAGAAAAAAUUCAAGGCCAUGAGCAUUAAAUGACACAGCCUUGACUUGGUUAUUUCACAUGGGAACAUCUUAAGCAGUCUAUUAUCAUGACCUAGACAUCUUAUCUAUGUUUAGACUAAAACUUAGGUUGGACAUGAUAUGGAAAAUUCCCUGACUUGGUGUCACAGUAAUCUAGGACAAGAUGGCGUCUUAAAGUCUACUCUAAACAUCGUAUUCACUGACCUUGGGUCAGAGGUCAUUUAUUAAAGAAACAUUGUAUUAGAAUCAACAUGUUUUAUUUCUAUCAACUUGUCAGUUUGCAAAACCUCUUAAAGAUAAAUAACACAAUUUAAGAAAUACAACUUUUCAUUCUAAAAACUUGUAAUAUUUGCAUAUGCACAUAAUAUGCAAGUAACAACAUAAACAUAGCAACAUAUCAGCCAAUCGAACCACACAUCAACUCCCUUUUUCUUGAGAUAAAAAACCUGACGGAAAUGUAUAACGAACUUUAAAAAAAGAAAAAUAGGGAACCAUGUCAGACAACAGGAUUCAUCCGGAUGGAGUAGAUGUCCAAGAACUGAUUUAAGCUAGAAGAAAAGACACAAUAUGGUAAUAUCACAUAGUAAAUAUAGAAUAAAAUAUCAUGACCAACUAUUAAAUGUUAUAAAACAAAUACAAGCACCACAGUUAAAAUGGCAAAUGUAACAAAUGAAAACAGAGAAACAUAAAUCCAGAUGGGAGAGAGGGUAUAAUACUCACUUCUGUGUCAUUACUAAAAUCAUGACUUUACAUCAUGAUACUGUUAAAGACACAGAGGGUCAUACUAUGCUCGUUUAAAUCUGAGAGUUAAUUUGCUCUGAAAAAUGAUUAAAAGGUUUGAGGUAAAUUUCUUGUAAGGUAUAUUCUGAAGACAUAACAUAACGGGAAAAGUAUAGAUCUUGAAGGAAAUGAAGGGUAAAAAAAAAAAGAUCAGGAAGAAAUCUUAGUCCUAUGAGAAAAAUCAAAGGAGAUGCCUUCCGGUGUAGAGUAAAGAGCAUCUGCAACCAGAGCCUGGAUAUCAGAAACCCUUUUACAAGAGAUCAGCCAUAAAGCAUAACUAGUUUAGCAGAAAUCUGCUUCAGUGACAACUGUUGCCAGGCAAAGAUUCCUUUAAAGACAACACAAGAUUAACAUCUAAUAAGCACGAGUAUUGAGACUUGGUAGGUCUCGCAAAAAAGAUACCUGUAAGAAGUCAACAGGCAAAAUAAUGUCACUCUACUGGGGUACCAUCUAUACCUUGGUGACCUGCCGAGAUAGUUGAACGAUAUAGAUUAACUUUGUGAUAAGCCCUACAAUUAUCAAAAAUGGCAGUUAAGAAGUGAAGAACUGAAGUUAGAGUAGCCGAUAAGGAAUCCAGAUGUUGGUCCUGGCACCAACCAGUCCAUGCAUUCCAAGCAGAUCUGUAAGAAUGCCUUGUUCUGGUUCCCCAUGUGGUUGUGGAAGUUGGAGAGUUGAUUGCAGAACUCCAUCGAUAAUCCAGGGUCCCUGGAAAUCAACCAAACUAGAAGUGAAAGCUGAUCCUAAUGGAUCAAUGCAUCAGAGUUCACAUUCUCAUCCAGUAGCUGGGAGAUGACAGCCAUUAGAAGUCUUUGAUGGCCAUCUCCAUAAGUGGGACAACCGUGGUUUUGACGUCCAAAAGAGAACAUCUCGACCUAUGUUCGCCAGAACUUUGGAUUGUGUACUUCCCAGAUAAUUGAUACUGUAGAAGAUCAGAAAAUCAGAUCCUGUAGUAGAGUUAUGGUCCAGGAAAGAUGAGUAUGAAGAAGCUGAGCGGACAGUGACAUGAUCAUAAUGUCUUUGAGGUAGAUAAUGAGACAAACACCUCGACUUCUCAGGAAGGCAACUAUAGGCCUCAUCAACUUUGUAAGACACCAAGGGGCCGAGGACAGUCUGAAAGGAAGGCAUGUGAACCACCACUUUUUUCCUUGCCACAUGAACUAAAGGUAAUUGCGGUGGUCCUCCAUGAUAGGUGCCACGAGGUACAUGUCCUUAAGAUCCAGUUUGGACAUCCAAUCCGAAGGUAGGAGUAGAUCUCGCAGGCAAUGGAUCCAUUCCAUUUUGAAGUGAUGGUGUGACACAUGUGCAAUGAGCAGCUUCAAAUUAAUCACAGGGCAAGUGCCUCCACCUUUUUUGGGAACCAAAAGCAGGUUGCUCACGAAUCCCAGGGUAUGCAGCGGGAUUUUCUGAAUAGCAUCCUUGUCUGUCAACUCUACCAUCUCUCUGGAAAUCAUGUCAGCGUCCUGUGGGGAAAAGCAAUGUUGGUGAAAAUGGUGAACAGGCAGAGCAACACAUUCUAUGCAAUACCCUUUCACCGCCUGGAGAAUCCAAACAUCUGAAGUAAUAAAAGGCCAUACAUGGGGGAAAAGGAUCAGCCGUCCUCCCACCAAUUGUAAGGAAAAAAGGGGUGCACCAACUGAAUUGUGACUCAUGUUGGCCUUGAGUCCGGAACAGAGGGUUUACCAGUAUAGGUGAAGAUUCCGCUGAUCGAGGAUGGCACAGGUCAUCUGUGUAAAACAAGGGUUUUGCCCUGCAGAUCCUGGAUCCUACCAUCCUCUCUGAAAGAGGCCAUGCUACUUUAGUAUCCAAUGAUCUCUCACCAGUAUGGUUGUAUGAGGAAGUGGGUGGGUUAGCAUCUGCGUUAUCAGAUUCAUUCACACUAUGCUCCUCAAAAGGGCCCAAAUAGGACUCAUCAGACGCAUGGGUAUGGGCUUUUGCUCUUUUCCAAAGUCUAGUGGAUUUUGCAUGGCUAGUGGAUCUUUUGUGUGGUUAUGUGUGUUGCACACCAUCAGUGACAGGUGUGAAACUGUUUAUCAGUUCUUUAUUUAGAGGAGUUCUUGGUCUUCGUCAGAGCAUUAGAGCUUAAUGGCUUUUUUUUGCAAGAGGUCCAAGAAUGCAGGUGGAGUCAGAGGGAGCAGACCAAGGAAAAUGAGAGCAUAUCCACUGAAAAAAUGGCCACCGCAAGCAAUGGUAAGCACGAAAAAGAUGGUCAUCGCAACUCCUGAAACACGGGAUCGCAUAUGCUUGUGCAAUGUUUGGUAGGUCGAAAGCCAUCCGAACACUGAAAAGAGACAAAUAGGCGGAAAGGGGCCAAGGGGAAACAGAAAAUCACUGGCAGAGGUGGAUGAGACCUACCAGCAAACAGAUAUAUAAGAGAGACAGGAAAGAUAAGCCACACUAGCACACUACAGGUAAGCAGAGCAAUACUGGAAUAACAGUAAAUAUAAUAUAGCACAUUACAGUGAUGCCCUGUCUAUGACUAUUGAGUCCCAACAAAAGGAGACCCUGAAUAGACCACACGGCACCAAUAAUAAACAAAAGACCAAAGAACCCAAAGAGUGAAACCCAGUGAGACAAAAGAUCCUAGUACUUAGCUGAUGAUGCGGCAGUUAACGUGAUAUCUGGUUCUUGCCUGUUUUAGGAUUUGGUCCGAUUGGCUGAUGUGUUGCUAUGUAUAUAAUGUUACUUGCAUUACUAUGUCUUAUUAUUUUUUUACAUUAAAAAUAUUAAGAAAAGUAAAUUAGAAAAUUAAUAAGAAAAGUAAAAAAAUUAAGAAAAGUAAAAAAUAAGAAGAAAAAGGGCAGCACAAUAUGAACUUCUGUGUCUUAAAUAAAAUGUAGUCCUUCUCCCAGUAAAGAUAUUCCACUAUAGACAGAGAUCUCCCUAGCUCCUCUUCCUACAUAUCACUAAAGGGAGAGGUAUUGAGUUAAAGGACCACUAUAGUGCCAGGAAAACAUACUCGUUUUCCUGGCACUAUAGUGCCCUGAGGGUGCCCCCACCCUCAGGGUCCCCCUCUCGCCCGGCUCUGGAAGGGGGAAAGGGGUAAAAACUCUCUCUUAUAUAUCCUGGGCGGGGAGCUCUCUGCCUCCUCUCCUCCUCCGUUAUGCCCCACCGGCUGAAUGCGCACGCGCGGCAAGAGCUGCGCGCGCAUUCAGCCGGUCUCAUAGGAAAGCAUUUACAAUGCUUUCCUAUGGACGCUUGCGUGCUCUCACUGUGAAAAUCACAGUGAGAAGCACGCAAGCGCCUCUAGUGGCUGUCAAUGAGACAGCCACUAGAGGGAAUAGGGGGAAGGCUUAACCCAUUAAUAAAUAAUAUGUUUAAAUAUUAGGCUUAACCCAUUAAUAAAUAAUAUGUUUAUUAAAAAAUGGGUUAACCCUAGCUGGACCAGGCACCCAGACCACUUCAUUAAGCUGAAGUGGUCUGGGUGCCUAGAGUGGUCCUUUAAGGAAAGCAACUAUGAAGAAAAUCUGCUUCUCAGGUAUGUAAUUCUCAGCAAUUUCUGCUUUCUGCUAUGAGAUUUGGAUCCACCACACUGCAUAGUAUCAGUCAUGCCAAUCAUUAUGGUUUUUAAUAGAUGUGUGACAUCACCAACUGUGAAAAUGAGAUAUAUAUAUAUGUAUAUUUAUAACUAAUGAUACGAUAAAAAGCAUAUCAUUUUGACGGGGCCUGGGGAAUUCUGAACAGUUGUUUGAUAAUAUGUAGCAGAAGGGCAUCUGUUUAAAGAGUUGUGCAAAUCUUUAUGAUAGCACAUCUGUUAGGCGUCACAUACACAGCUGUGCAGGGAAUUCAACUGUACACAAAUAUAUCCUUGUUUUUCGUUCUACUUCAUUUAACGUUAUAAUAUCUCAAUAAAGGGGCACUGUCCAUCAAAAUCACAGGUACUGAUCACUGGAAGCAAAAAAACUGCCGAAAAAAACCAGGGAACUUUUUGUUUUUUCUUUGUAUACCUAGUACAGUUAUAGACAAAAAAAAAAAAAAAAUAUGAUGCAGAAAUUUUACACGGUUUUAAGUCUGUUUGCUUUUAUGAAUUACCACAGAAAGAAAAGUUUUGAUUGGUAAAAUCUUUUUGUCAUGCCUUCAUGCACUGGCCGACACUGAUUAAUUGAUUAUACACCAAACAAAACAUAAUUUAUAAGACUGUCUUAGAGCUACAGAUGAUCAAAUGUCAGUAUCUGGUUAAAUGGUUAAAAUGAUAGCAAAGCACAUUUCUCACAAUUUUCUGGUUUAAAAGUUAAAAGGGUUUCUUACAUUAAGAAAGAGUAGCAUAGUUCUCAGGUCCGGUGAACGCACACUGUCAGAGGUGCCUUGUCUAUAGGGGUACUUAGAGUACUUAAUAAAUUGUGCACGAUUAUUUGACAAAACAUUUUUUUUUAAAAUUGCCUAUAAUCAGUGGGCAGAUGAAAUUAUUAUUAAAAGCCAACAUGAAUAUUGAUUCAAGCUGAGCAAUCCAGGUAAGUAUAAAACCAUUUAUUGUAAGAAAUAAAGAAUAGAAAACAAAAUAUAAUAAAACAAUAUUGGUCCCAGGUAGUAAAACGUUUAGUUCGUAAAAAAAAACGUCCUUAGGGUCCUCCUGGUUUUGCAACCUAUAAGAAUUCUAAACAGGAAGUGCUAUACUGUAAUCAAGAGCCUACACCAGGCAUAGGCAACCUUCGGCACUCCAGAUGUUUUGUACUACACCUCCCAUGAUGCUUUGCCAGCAUUAUGAGUAUAAGAGCAUAAUGGGGGAUGUAGUCCACAACAUCUAGAGUGCCAAAGGUUGCCUAUCCCUGGCUUACACCAAUGGUAUGUAUCAAAUGCUCAAUUACUGCAGAAAUGAAUGCUGGAUCAGUUAUAGAAGAAUAUUUGAUUUCCUACAAGCACUGAGAUAGGAAGAACUUGUGUGGCCAUCUGAGUGAUUGCCUCUAGAGGUGUUACUAACCAGCAAUGUAAGCACUACCUUAAAGUACUAACACUGCAGGGACAUGCUAUGGACACCAGAACAACUACAUAAAGUUGUGGUGGUUCUGAUGAUUACGUUUCCGUUAAAUCGUAUAAUAAUAUAUAUGAUCUUCAUACAGACGAGAAAAUAGGCCGCUGAUCAAGAGCCUCUCAGAUCUGCUUGUAACCACCUUUCAUUCUCGCUGUUACUAUGUGUUUAAUGAUGGUUUAAUGAUAGGGAGAAAACAGAAACUCAGUAAUUUAGAUCACUGCAUUUCCAGAAUAAAGGCUUUGUCAUUCUGGAUUUGCAGCUUGCAGAGAACAAGGGCUUCUGCAGAAAAAUCCACAAAACUCUAAAUAUAUAACAUGGCUUAUAGCAAGUGGGUUUAAUUGCCCAACAGAUAUUUAACACUUUCCUCUAGAAGUACAUGGCAUAUGACUGAAAAUACAAGGUUUUUUUUUCUUAUAAAUUAAAUUUGAAUAACCCUUUAAAGACCACAUUAAUCACUCCUUAAAGAAACAGUGCAAGCACCAUAUCUAUUACACCACUCUCUAGUUGUCAUGGUGCCAGGGUAAGUAGUCAAACUAUUUGAGAACUGUGUGACAGCUUACGUGGGGACUGGCCGGGGUUUGGUCUCCUCCUCCUCUGUCCCAGAAGCUAAGUCCCCAGAGGUGCAGGUAGGCACUCAUUGACUGAGAGUGCUCAUUUGACACUCUUAGCUAAUGUGAUGACCCUCAACGGCAGGGCUGCAGUGAUUAUGGUGCUCAUAGUUUCCCUUUAAAGGGAGUCUUCAGUCCCCUAAAGCACUUCAGCUUUCUGGAGUGCUUUAGUGGUUAACUAUAUGUUUUUACAGACUUGUUUUAUAAAAGUGCUGAUUUCAAGUGUAAUCUUUGCUUUUAUGAAUCCCUUUAGUUACACCUUCUUCCUCUCAGGCAGAAAGUCAAUAAAGUGCCUCCCUCACUCACCUAGAACUGUAGUUCAAAGCUGAAGUCAGUGAUUCUCAUAGAGAAGCAUUGGUUUCAAUAACAGUGAUUGUUAAACAUGGACCUUGUAUCCCAAUGUUCCUCUAUGAGAAGCAAUUGAUGUGCCCUACCACCGCAUGCAUGAAAUAAAGGGUAACAGCUCUUUUUUUUCAAGUACCUGAUUCCAGCGACAUCAGCGCUGGAUGGGGCUCUGCCAGCGUCACAGUGAUUUCAAAACCUAAGGAGCAAGUACCUGAUUCCGACGAGCGCUGCACAUGCAUUUGGCCUUCCCCCUUGGAACGCAUUGUUUCAAUGCUCACCUGUGGGAAUUUAGAAGAUGCUGGACAUCCUCAUUCAAAGCCUGAGGACGUCCAGCGUCGUUUCACAGAGUUAAACUCAGUCAAACGGCUUCAAGUGGCUGUCUGGUAGGCAGUCACUAGAGGCGGUCUUAACCCUUAAUAUAAACUGCAGUAUCUCUUAAACUGCAAUGUUCUACAUUACAGGGCUAAGGGGACAGGGGCACUGCAUUCAGACCUCUGCAAUGAGAUGGCAUGCUCCGGGUUCCUAUAGUGUCCCUUUAAGGUAGCCGUACUGAAAGCAUAGAUGAUUUAGAGAUAUUUUCCAGUUUAGCUAUUUUUCACCUUAAAUUUGAAAUUCACUGUGAAUAAUCUUGUAAAAGCUACAUGUCACCAUUGUCCAAGCCAAAAAGACAUUGACUAGAAAGAGUUAGUCAGAGCAUGAGCUCUAAAGAUAUUACAAUUAAAGUGAGACUGUCACUAAAAUUUUCUUUCCAUAAAUCAGCUUUAAACAGCAAUCUUAACACAUCAAUGUUAUUUUCAUAUGAGCAAGCAAUGGUUUGUUUAAUUAAAAUUAUCACUUGAAGCUCUGACAGUUUUCUGUGUUGGAGGCUGUCAUCCCAACAAUUGUGAUAUAGAAAAAAAAAAAAACUCUGAUAAAUGUCUUUACUUGACAUGUUCAAGUAGUGGCUACAUUUAGAGAUCUUAAAAUGACCGUAAGGUAAAGCAAGAUUUCAAAAUACUGUAUCUAAUGAUUCAUGUGUAAGCCUUUUUUUUAAACCAUAUAUCGAUGGCCUUAAUUAAAGAUCAUAAGCAUUAGACAGUAGCCUGUGCCUCUUCUUAGAAUAGAAGAUUGGCAUAUUUUCCUUUCUAUUAUAAUUUUUCAUCAUUAUUCAAAUAAGGUGUCACUUAAUUUUUUAAUAAGAUUAUUUAAGUCAAAGACCUCAGACACCAAUAUAAGAUGUAUCUGAAUUAUAUUUGAUAGAAAGUAGUAAGUGGUUUAUCUUCAGGGUCUGUAUGUAUGCUUAGAGUUGAGUAAAAUUUUACCUGUGUAACUAGUUAAUUGAUGAUGUUUGAUUGACUCUUAAAGCUCUUGUGGCUUUAGUCAGUAAAUAUUGAAAGCUAAAAUGUGAGCUAAUAUUACAAAGCUGUAACUAGAACAGAUUUUGAGAAUUUUUCAGCGGUAAUGGCCUAAAUUUUGUAAUUUGAUUUUGAAUUCAGUACAAUUCAGUGUUUAGUAAAUAAACUCCCUGUUGUGUGUGGUUGGCAUUGGUGCUUGUCCUGCUCUUAAAUGUUACAUCCCAAGUGUCCCUGUUUAGGAGAUCUAUCUGUCCUCGUUUCUAUCCUAAUGUAUCUCUUUUCUAGGAGCUCCAUGUUGUUCGUGUGUCAGAGUGUAUGACAGACCUCCGCAGCAAUAAUACUCACAGUAAUGUGUCUUUCAACACAUUAUAAUAAAUGUUUUAGAAAUCAGUAUGUGUAAAUGAGAUACAUUGUUCUUGUUAUAAAUUACAUUUUAGUUGCAUAAAUUGUUAUUAGUAAAUCACCAAAAAAUUUCCUGGAACAGCCCAGUCCAUGGACACACUCCUUCCCACACCCUAAAAUUAAAGUGUCCCUCUUUGUCCAUUUGAAAUGUUGGGAGGUAUGCUUAAAUGGAUACUACAGGCAUCAAAACAAUUUGCGCUUAAUAAAGCACUUUGGUAUAUCGAUGAUACCCUUGCAAUCUCACUGCCUAAUUCUCUGCCAUUAACGAAUUAAAGGGACACUAUAGGCACCCAGACCACUUCAGCUCAUUGUACUAGUCUUAGUGAAAUGUCCCUGUCCCACUUAUUCCUGCAAUGCAAAACAUGUUUACACACUGCAGUGCUAAGAAAGACAGUGCUAAGACAACCAUUAGAGGUGCUUCCGGAUUUUACCAGAUUUUAGGUCCCCUAACUGACGGUGGAAAUCCUUACACAUGAGGACAUCCAGCGGUAGUAAAAUAACCAUAUGAAAGUAUUGAGGCAGUGCUUUCCUAUGGGGGAGAGUAUAACACGCUCACGGUGCUCGCAGCAUAUGCACAUUAGGUUUCCCUGUCAGAUGAGGUUGGAGGGGGCAGAGCACCAACCCAGCGCAGACGGAUAUCGGUGCUGGGAUAGGAUAAGUAAAUAAAGGGUAGUUUACCCAGUUACGUACUGGGGUGGGAAGGGGUGCAAGAGGGAGGUGAGGGGCAGAUGGCUCUAUAGUGCUAUUAAUGGUUUGUAGUCCUAACACUAUAUAUUCCCUUUAACUCACUUUUGUUUCUGUUCAAGCAGACCAAGCCACACCUGGCCUGGCGGUGACUUACAUAGUCAGCCUGAAUAAAAAAUGGUUUAAUUUUCAAUCAGAUCUCACAUACUUUUUUUUACUUUUAAUCUCUUGGUCUGUAAAUUGAUCUUUAAUCACAUGCAGGAGGCGCCUGCUGGGUACAGAAGCCUAUUAAUAGACCAGGAGAUAAGACAUAUUUACAUAGCUGAAAAGAGACUUGCAUCCAUCAAGUUCAGCCUUCCUCACAUUUGUAUUUUGCUGUUGAUCCAAAAGAAGGCAAAAAAAAAAAACCAGUUUGAAGCACUUCCAAUUUUGCAACAAACUAGAAAAAAAAUUCCUUCUUGACCCCAGAAUGACAGUCAGAUUUAUCCUUGGAUCAAGAAGCUAUUACCCUACAUUGAAAAAUGAUAUCCUUGAAUAUUCUGUUUUUGCAAUUAUGCAUCUAGUUGUUGUUUGAACAUCUGUAUGGACUCUGAUAAAACCACUUCUUCAGGCGGAGAAUUCCACAUCCUUAUUGUUCUUACUAUAAAAAAACUUUUCUUUACCUUAGAGGAAAUCUUCUUCCUUCCAGUCUAAACGCAUGGCCUCGUGUCCUAUGUAAAGUCCUGUUUGUGAAUAGAUUUCCACACAAUGGUUUGUACUGGCCCCGAAUAUAUUUGUAUAAUAACGAAAGAGGUUUAAAUGUGUUAACCUUUCUUCAUAGCUGAUAUGUUCCAUUCCUUUUAUUUCCAUUUUUGUUGUAGCCUGCCUGUGCACAUUCUAAAUUAAACAGUAUGUGCAUUAAAAUAAAGUUAAGUGGGGGCGGAGCCUAACAACAGAGCCGAGCGGACACACCUCACCAGAGCUCCGGCUAAACCGAGACAAUAACGGGGUACAUAUCGCUUGGACCGAGCUAUUUUGCCACCAGUCAACCCACCUGAGGCUGGGGAGUCACCCGGAGAGUACCUAUAGCGGCAACAGAAGCGCUGUCUCCGGAACUUUUGGCUGCAGCACGAGUCGUGGCCUACCACACGCGGGAAGACGGGAGACGGCUGCUCCCUCUGCUAAGGUAUUUGGAGACUCAACGUCCACUGUAGACCCCACCAGUGACCUUCCCCUCCCCCCCCCCGCCGGAGAGGGUGAUCCCGGUACAAUUACCAUCCCAUAGACGGGGCGCAAGCAUAAAAGGCAGCUCCAGAUGGAGAGGCCUGCAUCACAGGACUUAAGGCUAUCCUUUGGGAUGGCACCUCCACCAGCACCCGCAAAGGCAGCAGCUGAGAAAUACAGUGAGCAAGAGGCCUCUGAUGACUCCCCUGAAGAGGAGGAAUCUAGCGUCUCAUCUCACCCAGCUGGAGUAUACCAACGAACUGACUCAGAUGAGGACUCAUCCCCUUCCAUGAAGGGAGACAUAAAAAAAAACUACUGGCAGAUCUGAAAAAAAUGUGUAUGUCAGACCUCCAGGAAACACAAGCUGACAUCAAGGCCCUGCAGCAGAGGGUGUCAGCGGUAGAGAACGGAGAACAAGCCCGAGACACUCAGCUCCAGGCCACUACACAAAGUGUGGAGGGUCUCACCUCACAAGUUAAGCAACUACACAAAAUGAUGCUCACACUGGAGUCCAGACACAGGUGUCGGAAUGUGCGCCUGAGAAGCCUAACUGAACAGGUUGAGGGGGGGGAAACACUACAAUAUGUCCAAAAGCUGUUUGCCUCUAUGGGUGUUCACACCGCCACAGACACCCCAUGUAUCCUGGCCGCUUUCCGAGUACGCAAAUCUGCAGUGGCACCAGCAGACGCACCGAGAGACGUCAUUGUGACAACCAGAGACAUUACGGUGAGGAUCGCUGUCAUGAAUAAAUCCCGAACUAUGGGUCAAGUGCGUUUUAAGGGCCAUAACCUCUCUAUCUAUAGUGACCUCCCAUUCUCCAUCCUGGCAGAGAGGAGACAGCUGGCUCCAGUGGCUAGGAAAGCUACGGGACUGCUCUGUCAAAUACCGCUGGAAUGCGGAGGGCUCCUUGGCCGUCACACAAGGCGUAGAAACAUUCACCCUAACCUCCUCAGAUAAUCAGAUAAUUAACAAGCUGAGCCUACCAGCCACCAACAUGCCAGAAGAGGCAAACCCGGCAGACACGAGAUAAGGGCCAUAGGGAGAGUGAACAAACGGAGCAAUCUGACCAUGCGACACCUGCCUGACACCAGGGACAGUUCUGCCAUGCCCUAGAUGUUACCAUUGAACUGACAGUAUGCUGUUUGCCUCACUAUUUCCAUUUUUAUAACUUUUUGAGUCCUGUGUGCAGUUGCCACUUGACGAUGUGGCAUAUCAUUAUACAUAACUUAUGGACAAGUAUCAAUAUUGUCCAUGCACGUUGCCUUUUUUUUCCUUUCUUUGUCUUUUUUACUACGACCAAGUUUGUCGAACCAUGCCGAGCCUUAACAUAAUCUUUAAUUGUUUAUUCCUUAUAUAUAAUGUCACAGAUGCAUACCUUGUGUAUAACUCUAAUAAAAUACAAAUUUAAAAAAAAAUUUAAAAAAAAUUAAGUGAUGAAUAUUGGAUUUCUUUUUACAGGAAGUGCUUAGGAAGUCUGUGUAAGUCUUAAGCAGGGAGGUAUGACUAGGGCUGAAUAAAUAAAGUGACUUUAAAGUGGGCAUAAUCUAAACACCUACACUGCUUUAAUAAGCUAAAGUUGUUCUGAUGGCUAUUGUGUCCCUUAAAUGGCUACUAACCAUCAUGGAAAUUGUAGUUAAUUAAAAUUUGCAAUGCACAGUGUAUAUAUUUCUUUGUUAACAGCAUUUUUAAAGGUUAAGACUGGUUCAGAAAGGCUGGUAUAGAAAUUGUGAUUGAGAAACCACUGCCAAUAUUAGGUGUUGCCGUUGACAACAAUUCCCAAAAUGCUCAGCCUCCAGGAAUUUGCAGUUAAAGAGAUUAUAAUGUACUAACCUUAAAGGAACUGUAGUUCAUAUAAAUCUGUCAUCAUUAAAUGCUGCAAAUGUCUGUUAAAUAUAAUUCUCGUGGUACAUAGUCAUCUGGGAUACGUAGUUAAGUAUUUUUUUUAAACCAGCAAGAAAGCACUUGUAACCCCUUAAGGACGGCGGGUGUGCUAUGCCGUCCUUGGGGACCAGUCUCUAAACGCCGGGGGGCGGCAUAGCACGUCCCCGCCAUCCUAUGUACUUACCCGGUCGUCAGCGAUCCCACGCCGGUGAUCGCGAUGUGGGGACUUACCUGCCAUGUCAGGGAGUCCCCCUGCUCCCGUUCUGGCCCUCCUGGCAGGGGGAGUGCCUGUAAUGACAGGUAGUCCCCCUGCUGGAUGAAAAAUGUAAAAUAAAAUAUUUUAAAACAGUUUAAAAAAAAUAUAUAUAUAUACACACACACACACAUAUAUACAUACAUGCACAUACACUGUCUGUGUAUAUAUAUUAAUAUCAAAAUAUAUACGUAGAUUGAUAUUGAUUAAAUAUAUAUAUAUAUAUUUAUAUAUAAUAUAAAAUAAAUAUAUAUGUAAAUACGUUAAAAAAUAAAAUUAAAAAAUAAUCAAUUAAAAAAAAUAUAUAUAUACGUGUAAUUUUAUUCUAACUGUAUAUAAGUAUAUAUCACUAUGAAUAAAAAUGACCCCCAUAAUGGCAUACCAUUUGCAAUAGUAGACAACCCAAAGUAUAAUAAAAGGGGUAUGUCCAGUCUUUUUUAGUAGCCACUUAGUCACAAACACUGGCCAAAAUUGGCAUUCAAAUUAGUUUUUUGCAUUUUUAACACACAAACAAAUAUUAACACUAACUUUGGCCAGUGUUUGUGACCAAGUGGUUACUAAAAAAGACUGUCCAUACCCCAUUUGAAAUACCUUGGGUUGUCUACUAUUGCAAAUGGUAUGCCAUCAUGGGGUUAAUUCUCAUUCCUGGGCUACCAUACAGUCUCAAAGGCAACGUAACCAAUCUGGCGAAUUUCAAUGUGAAAAAACUGAAAAAUGUAACAUGCUAUAUUUGACCCUGUAACUUCCCAAAACACUAUAAAACCUGUACGUAGGGGGGUACUGUUUAACACGUGAAACAUCGCUGAAUACAAAUAUGUGUAUUUUAUUGCAGUAAAAGCAAACAGUAUUAUGACAUUCACAGUUAAAAUGUCACGUAGAACUACAAAAAAUUUAAAAUUCUUAUUUUCUCCCAUAUUUUUUAUAUUUUAUUCAUAUUGAAUUAUGUUUCAUACCUAAAUAUUUUAUGUUAAAUGAAAGCCCUGUGUCCCCUGAAUAAAGCGAUAUAUAAUAAGUGUGGGUGCACAUAAUAUGAAAGAGAUGAAUUACGCCUGAACAGACAUAUAGCGCAAAGUUUUGUUUACAAGUUUUGUGUUGUUUUGAUUACAACGUGUAUAUUUGGCUCAGUCCUUAAGGGGUUAAACAACUAUUCAAAACCAAAAGAAAGUAAGAAUAACUUUGAAAAGUAUGUAAUAAACAUUUAUAAAGUUGCUAUAAACUUGGUCAGAUUGCAUUGUUGGGCACGUCUCUCAGCUAAGGGAGUUUCUUCAAUAGAAUGGUUGAGAGACAUGUUAAUACUUGAAGGUAUUUGUAGAUCUCAUGAUGUCAAAGUCAACCUAAGGCCAAUUGAGCAUUGUGGGAGUAGUAGGCUUAUUGAUAAAUAUGGAAUUGUGCCUUAUUAAUGAAUUAUCUUCCUAUGAGAAUCAUGUUUUGUGUUUUUACUUACAAUAUGAGUAAGUACAUGAUGUUUAAUGUUUUAACAAUAGACUAGAAAAUCUUCUUUGUACUGAAUCUAUAACUAAAAUUAAUAUAUGGAUAAUUUUAUUUGUUGUAACCCCACUAUCCCUCCCACAAACACACUACUAGAGGAAAUGAAAGACAAAGACAUCUAACUUAAAGAAUACAUAAAGGAGGGCGAAGCUACAUGCUGCCUGACAAGACGUGUUUAGCUUGAGCUCCGUAUGACAGAGUGUUUAAUUGGGGCAUUUACAGGCUGAUUUGACACUGAUACUAACCACAAAAGCUGCCACUUGUCGGUGAUCUGAUGGGGAAGAAGUUAAAGAAACUGAAUAAUACUAAGGAGCAAGGAUCCCAAGAUUUUGGAGACCUGUUGUUCAGCAAGGCGCCACGUGGUGCAUCUAAAAUGACCGCGCAGGCCUCCGAAGUACUCUGAAGAGGACCUUUACCUGAAUACACUGGAUGACCUACCUACGAAGGGUAGCCUUCAUCAGGUGUCUUCCAAUGAGGAAGCGGACACGUCAGCCACCAAACGAGAUAUAAAGUCCCAUCUGAGGGACAUUCGUUCCCUCUUUCAAGCCGACCUCGCGAUUAUCCGCGAGGACAUGCACUCCCUUACAGGCAGGGUAAGAGCAACGGAGGAGGAUGUGGUGGAGGUGCAGACCAAACAGGCUGCAAUGCAAGAAACACAUACUGCACUGUUUAAAGCUCACGAAAGCUUCACUGCAAAACAAGAGGACAGAACCUGCCCCAAGAACAUCAAAAUACAGGGAGUUCCCAAGGAUGUGAUCACGGCUGAGCUACCACACUAUCUACGCCGGUUGUUCGCCAACCUACUGCCACUGAAAAGAGCCAAGACUAUCAUUUUGGAUGGCUGUUACCGCCUCCCGCGGACGGCGAAAGACCUCAAUCUGUCUUCCAGGGACCUCAUUGUGCAAUUUGUGUCCUCCCUGGAUAGAAUGGCAAUCCUGACUGUGGUGAGAGGUACCUCAACAUGUGAAUUUGAAGUGCUCACACUUAUAUAUUACUCUGACUUAUCCAGGGCCACGUUGCUGGGGAGACAUACACUAAGACCCGAAACCACCAUCCUACGAGAAAAAGGUAUCCCUUACCGAUGGGGUAGCCCUCGCAUUUUAGUUUUCAUCCAAACGGCUAGGACUGUAAAUACUUUGUUUAAUUCUAGUUCCUUUCUUCCUUCACUGCACUCUACUUUUAAUACAGUCAUCACGUAUGUUUAACCACUGGACUCGCUCUCUGCACCUCUGAAUACCAGGCCAUGCCAAAGAUACAACAAUGGGACACAUUAUUACUUGUUUUUUAUUAUUAUUUUUUUCUCUCCUUUUUCUCAUUAAUUUUCCUCACCAGUUCUUAAUGCCAAGGGUUGGCUUACUAUUCUUGAUUUAACUGUUCUAAAUGCAUACCUGACCAAAGGGCCGCACCACAGCUUCAAAGCUGAGACUGAUUAUAUUUUCUUUGAUAAUGCCAUUUCUGUGUCUUUACUAUUAAGAUUUAUUUAUUUUAAAUAUAUUAAUAGUACUAUCCCCACAUUAUGUUCCAGGUCUUACAUAGAUCCACAGGGUCCUUAUCAACUCCACCGUGCAUCUCCCAAACCAUACUGUAUAAACAUAUGGGUAGCCUAGCGCUUGGAGUCUACAUACACAUAGCUGGCAUUCCCACAUCACUAAAGUCUAUGGCAUAACAUAACGCACCUCAUUGCUUGCUCUGUCCAUACCGAGUCCCUAAAUUAGCCUCCUACCCAGCACAGAGAGUUGGGCAGAGAUGGGCAGCCUUCUUAUGUAAUCCACUCCACUUAAUUGCUCCGCAAGGGACAGCACAGCGUGACAACACACUCACCCCUCUAAGGCUGAGCACCUAAAUUUUGAAGUCUUACCCUGCUCACCUCCUAAGCAUCAGCCAAGCUGACUCCACAUUAGGUAAGCACUCCGAAAUACCCCCACACCCCUACCCUUACUUUCAGUUUGAGCAAGUGGUUUACUAACCUUUUGUUUAAUGGUUGACUUCUCUACACCACACGGCUCUGCAUAUAUUUCGUUCUAUCCUAACUUCACACUUCAUUGCCUGAAUUAGACAAUGCUCCCCCUGAGAGCUUUAUUUAUUUUAUUUAUUUUCAUUUUUUUCUCUCUUAGUUUUUUUCUAUGCCAUGUUUAAAGUCUCAGAGAAACCUAAGAAGUUAUCUUCCAUAUAAAUGUUAAAAGUGCUGUAUUUUUGACAAGUAUUGACCAUUUUGCAUUUCUGAACAUGUAUUUGCAUUACUGCCAUGAACCCUCUGAUGCCUGUCUGCAUGCACUGCAAAAACAGAGAAUAAUUUUUUUUUAAAAAUAAACAUAAAAUCAACCUCCAUCAUUAUUGAUGUAUAUAUAAUUGUAUUUGACUUGAUUGAGUCAAAUAGCAAGAUGUAUCCUGAAAUGCUAUUUUCAGCAAACCUUGAAUACGUCCAUCUAAUGUAUAAACUAUAAUUUCCCCAUAAAUGAAAGAAUUUUGUAGCUAUAAUUACAACAGUGCAUGCUCCAACCAAUGGAGCCUAAAAAGAUUUAAACAGGGUUAAUGAAGGAGGUCCAACAUUUAUACAUUGUUGAAGGAUGGGAUCUCCAGCUAAUGCAGAAUCAUUAUUCUAGAAGGUCACUACAUGUGGACAGAGGAAGAAGGAAUAAUAGAUUUGGUGCUGGCCAAUCACACUUGGAGCAUUUAUCUUUUUCACUCAACUCAAUGUAUCUCUGCACUAAAUAGGAUCAAUGCACUUAUAUUGUGUCCUGUCAGCAAGGUUCCAAAAAUAUACAGUUAAUAUGCUCUGACUGCCAUUCUGGGGUCAAGAAGGAAUUUUUUCCCUAGCUUGUUGCAGAAUUGGAAGUGCUUCAAACUGGGGUUUUUGCCUUCUUUUGGAUCAACAGCAAAAAACAAAUGUGAGGAAGGCUGAACUUGAUGGACGCAAGUCUCUUUUCAGCUAUGUAACUAUGUAAUAAAUGUCAAAAUGUCUAUGUUACACAGUGAGGGGGUUUAAUCAUGCGUGGGAUAGGCAUAAGGCUAUCCUAACUAUAAGAUAAGGCCAGGGACUAAUGAAAGUAUUUAGAAAAUUGGGCAGACUAGAUGGGCCGAAUGAUUCUUAUCUGCCAUCACAUUCUAUGUUUCUAAGUCUUUUGAUUGGCAUUGUAAGUUAUUUUGCAGAAGCAUGCCCGGGAAUAGAGAUGAUCGGUUGUGGGUGAAAUUGAUAAAAUAGAGCAAACGGGACGGGAGAUUAGGAUACCUGCCGAGUGGAAGAAGAAUUGGCCCCAAAAAGUUGAUAGUUCAUGUUGAAGCAGACUGGAGACACAGAAGUGAGAGGAGACUAUGAAGUUACUUUUACAAAGCAGCACAUUUAAACAGUAGUCAAAUAGGGGAAAUGGGCUGAGUUUUAAUACGUUGUGGCUCUGAAAACUGUGCGAAUUUUAAUGCAGAGGUGUAAUAAAUAAAUCUAUCCAGUAGAUGGAAGCAAAGAGACAAAAUCAGAGGGAGAACUUUAGACAUGUUCUAGAUAAUGUACCAUGAAUAUAAAAUAACAGCAGUACUACAGUUAUUGUGUUAUACUACUGCAUCGAUUAAUGUUUAUUAUAUAGAACACAACCAUCUGUCCGUUUAAACAGACAUCAUCCUUGACAAUGCACCCCAUAAACAUGGGGGGGGAGGGAACUAACAUGUCCACAAUUGUGUUUACUACGUGUGGCUUAAUUGCGUAGCAGCAUUUUAAGAUUGAAGACAAUAGUGGAAUUUUGCAAAUGUGUUGCUAGGAGAAAACUGGAGUAAUUAACAUCAUAUUCAAUGGAUUUACCAGAAAUAUCCCAUUGGUUUCCACAGUGAUUGCACUAUAUUUAGAACCUUGCCUCUCUUUUCGAUAGUUAUCACUAUAAUAUAUCUGCACCUAUAUCUCAAUGGAAUAGGGAACCUAUGCAUAAGCUAUGCAUUCUUGAGUGUAUAUCAAGUGCACUUAGGUUUCUUGAUCUAAUGCCUCGUCUUAUGACACAAGGAUAGAUAAAUUAAUUCUAUCGUUACACUUCUUACCACCUCUAGGACAAGUACAGUUUGGUAAUAUGACAUGUUUACAUCACUUCCCCUUUAUUCUUAUUUGAGGGAGUUGUAUGGCAAUACAUGUGCCUCUUGGCACCUUGGUGAUACCAUUCUCCAUAACAAAGAUAAUGUUUAUUUUCUAGCAAGCAAAAGAGAAUUUUUCAGAAUUUGUGGUUCCACAGAUACAUCUUCAUCUCCAGGUUAGUGCACACAUAAAGCAUAUAUUAGGAGUUGCUUAAUAAACAUUUUAUCUCACCAAAAGGAACUAUGAGAUAAAAGGGUUAAGGAAGCUGACCUAAACUAGUAGACAUUGCUUUGCAUAACUUCAUAAUUGGAUAAAAUUCUUUGCCUAUGAUGCAACUUAUCCGAUAAAUAUUAUAUAUUGGGGAAUAAGCUCAACUAAUUUUUAGAUCUGAGGACAAAUAACAAAUAACUAUUAGAUAAUUCAGAUAAUGGGAUUCUGAACCCCAUAAUGAUAAGCAGUUAAUUUGUAGACUAUUAAGAAUCUUUCACUAAUUUAUUUAAAUUUCAAGUUAAUAUCCUUAAUGUCCUUAAUACCGACUGUAACCAAUGUUUAAUGGCACAGUUUACUGUGGGUAAAAUUAACAAACCCAUAGCAGCUCUCCCUCCACAUAAAUCCUAGUUGUGCCAACCAUAUUAUAAGACAUUUAGCUCUAUACUCACCCCUUAUCUAAUACAACUAUUAGGUUAUUGUAUGAAUAGUUGCAAAAGUCCCAAUAAAAUGUCAGAAAUUACAAGACCCAUUAAAUCAAGAAAAUCUCUUAAUAGAUGUUUCAACUUCAAGCCCAUGUCACUAUUUAACUCUACUCUACAUUAGCUGACACACGUGUAUACGUUUUGUAAGGUUCCCUACAGCUAUUUAUUACCUUUUCUCUGAAAAGGCAGUGUUUACAUUAAAAAGACUGCAGAGAUAUGCUAUAGACACCAGAACCACUACAUUAAGCUGUAGUGGUUCUGGUGACGAUAGUGUCUCUUUAAAACUGAUGGGCAAGAUCAACUGCUAUCUCAAAUGAAUAAGGCUGCACAACUCGGUAUUUUGUUAAUCAUGGGAGAUUUUAAUUAUCCAGAGAUUGAUUGGGCCAGAGGGAUUUAAGAGAUACAGGUUUUUGAACCUGGCAAACAAUACUUUAAUGUCUCAAUUAGUAGAAGAGCCAAUUAGAAUAGAUCAAAAUAAAAGAUAAAAGAGGUUUCUAGUGCUUACAAUGUCCAAAUGUGAAAGGCAGCUAUUACCCCCAAACCAGAGUCUCUCUUGUCUGGUCGUUGAUAUGGAGUAGAGGAGAUGAAAAAUUGGGAGAAGUGCCUUGGAGGAGUCCUCAAAUUCCAAGUGGGAAAAGAUAGGAGACAAGGAGGCAAUAUGUCAAAUUACCAAAUUAAAAACAGAAGGAAAUACACUUACAGUGUAGGGAGUUAUCUUUUAGCUCUAGAUGUAGCACCUGGGCAGUACAAUCCCCGCCUGUGGAUAUAAUGAUGAAAUCUUGGUCCGACCAAAUCAGGUAUGCAUAUGUAACAUAAACACAAAAGCAAAAAAUAGUGCAAUAUGUCAGGAAACCCAAAAUUUAUAUAUAUUAUAAAAAUGCGCACUCUCAUAUGUUAGAGCCCUCUAAUGGCUCCUUGCAUAUAGUCUGGAGUGUAAUAAUACCCACUCUUUAGAUAUAGGUGCAGAGUUCUUUUUUCUAUGGGUAGGUAAAAUCCUUGCUGUGGUUAUAAAUUAAACAAAAAAAUUAAUCUAGUGCACACCAUGUGGCUAUAAAAGCAUAUAAAAACGGGGAAUGUACUCACUUUUUUGAGAGCAAAAGUGUUUUGCUCAAUCCAAAACGCUUGGGUGGUAUAUUCCCCACCAAGGAAACUGAUGUAUUAUCGUAAGGAAAGUCAGGAAAGUCCAGUAGUAUAAAAUAGAUUAAACUUUAUUGUAACUCACAUAAAUAAAAGCAAAUUUAGGAAACAAUAUACAAAGCACAGCGUGUUUCACCUAAUGGGUAGGCUUUUUGCAAUGCACUUGAAAAAGCCUACCCAUAAGGUGAAACGCUUUGUGCUUUUCCUGUCACUAUUUAUUACCUUUUCCUAUAUUUGUUUUUAUUUAUGUGAGUAAUAAUAAAGUCCAUCAUCUAGAUGGACUUUAAUCAACCUAGACACCUUUUUUUCAACCUAGACAAUUAUGUAAAAAUGAUAAUAUAAACUUCCUGGGAGUUAACUGGAAAAAUAAAUAGAUGUAUAUUUAGGGGGUAUGAUAUAAGCUAUGAUAUAGGCCAGGGGUAGGCAACCUACGGCACUAGUGCCAUGCACGGCACUCGAGGUGCCUUUGCACGGCACUCAAGGCUGCUAGAGCCAAACAGGCUCUGGCCUAUCAGGAGUCCCAGUAAAACUUCAGAUAUCUGCUAAUACAAAGAGGUGGUGAAGGACAAUCCUCAGUUUAUGCAUUGCAGCACGUAGAGGAAGUGAUCUCAGAUCACUUCCUCCGAGCACUUGUAAAUAGGAGUCCACACUGUAGUAGAGCAGCUCGCAGUUGUUGUUGCAGCUCCUGUCCUUGACCUGUACCUGGCCAACAUGGUCCCCACUGGAACCCAGGGAAGCCACCCACACUGCUAGAUAUACACAGAAAAGCAGAAAGACCCUCCCCUCAUACAAAUAAUACAGACAGCCCACACACAAACAUACACACAAUCCGCACAAACAUACACACAAUCCGCACAAACGCAACACCACUAACAAUCCACAUACAUGCACACAACCCCACAUGCAGCCUCUCACAUGCAAUACCCCAAACAGCCCCCACACAUACACACACAAUGUGACAUAUCCAUCCACACACACAAUUCCACAAGCAGCCCUCAUACACAGCCCACAUUCAUAUGUAUCACACACGAUACCACAAUCUACUCAUGAACAUAUACAAUAUAAUAGCUCAUAUACGCACAAAUACAACGAUACAAAGCAAUUACAGUAUAAAUAACACAAGCAGAAUACGGCAGCAUACACACCUCAAUUUAAAAAUCCUAUAUUGGCACAGUUCUGCUAAAAGGUUGCCUACCCCUGAUAUAGGCUAUGGGUGUUUUUCUUAUAUUUUUUGUCAAACAUAUUUUGAGAAGUUGGUCUCUCUUGGCAGCUUAGACAAGCCCCACAGCAGCUGUUCAGCUAAUGUGAAUUUUCUACUUCUAUAUUAUCUGUCCAAUGUCAUAUCACCUUAGACAAUGAAUAGAUGGCGUAUGAAACAUCUGCAUUACCUGAAGGAGAUCAGAUGAGCUGGUUUUGGUGUUCCAUGAGAUCUUCGUUUUUUCCCCCAAUCUUUGUUUUUGCAGUGCAGUGUCAAAUACACAAGUCAGUAACGACAUAUGACAUGACAGAUAACGUAUAUGAUAAAAUAAAAAAUCAAGAGAAGCAGCACUUUUUUUGAAAAAAAAAAAGUAACACAUGAAUGAGUAGUUAUACCAUCUGGAAAUAGACUACAAAUAGAAGUGUCUGACUCAUGAGAAAGACUAGACAUGUAAAUACUACAGUAUGAUAUGCAUUGCAAAAAGCACAGUAUAUUUAAGUUAUAGAGUGGAACAGGAAUAGAACUUUAACACAUGCUAGUUAUAAUAGUGCCUGUGGCUGAAUAUAAAUACAGGCUAUUAGCCAACACAUUGUAGGAAUUUUGAUUAUCAACUGACUUGGGCCUUGCUAAGGUGCAAUGACUGCAAUAUGGUGGCAGAGACCUAUGGCCAGAGUCCUGAUUAGCCAAUGUUGGCUGUAGGUGAUGCAAAGUCUCGCGGUAGAGUCAUUAGCCAGAGAGCCUACGGCUCCAGUAGGGAGAUGCACAGGGGAUGAUCAAAUGCAAAAGAAUAAUAAGCGCUCUCUUCUCAGGGGUGAGCAGCAGUUCACCAACAAGGUGUUCCUCUACCUUGUGAUAAAUAGACAGAUAAAAUAGAAAGGUGAACAGCGCUAAAAAUCAGAAAAUGUACAUACGUUUUGUAGAAAUACUGGCCAGCAGAGUAACUUAAAAAAAAGAGAAACAAAAAUACAAAUAAUGGUACAGUAUGUAUGAACGAUAUAAUUCCACAAGAACAAAGGUGUUAUAUUCACACUCACACUUUGAGGAGCUAUAUCAGCUCGGUGUUAAGAGCCUGGACGGAAUAAUCCCCGUCUAUGGAUUUCUUGAGGUUCAAGACCGUUGGUGAAUUUAUAGGUGUAAAUAUUCGUUACAUGAAAAACAAGAGUAAAAUACACCACAUGGUAUAGUACGUAAAUAUAAAAUAUUGUGAAAAAAAAAGUGGAUGAUCCUACUUACAUAUACUAGAGCAACGACCUGCUCUAGUUUGGAGAAUUUCAGGUGGAAUAAUCCCCACCUUGGGAUAUAGUGGACCCAGGUAUAGCAGCAAAGCAGUAUUGGAUAGGAAGGAGGACAAAAGGAAUGACUGGAUAGUUUAAAAAAUAUAUAUACUUUAAUACAAUAAGUAAAAAGUGAAUAAUAAACUAUAAAACCAGUCCUGUUUAAAAGUCCAAAAUUCUUUCUCACUUCUAAGUGAGGAAGAAUUUUGGACUUUUAAACAGGACUGGUUUUAUAGUUUAUUAUUCACUUUUUACUUAUUGUAUUAAAGUAUAUAUAUUUUUUAAACUAUCCAGUCAUUCCUUUUGUCCUCCUUCCUAUCCAAUACUGCUUUGCUGCUAUACCUGGGUCCACUAUAUCCCAAGGUGGGGAUUAUUCCACCUGAAAUUCUCCAAACUAGAGCAGGUCGUUGCUCUAGUAUAUGUAAGUAGGAUCAUCCACUUUUUUUUUCACAAUAUUUUAUAUUUACGUACUAUACCAUGUGGUGUAUUUUACUUUUGUUUUUCAUGUAACCAAUAUUUACACCUAUAAAUUCACCAACGGUCUUGAACCUCAAGAAAUCCAUAGACGGGGAUUAUUCCGUCCAGGCUCUUAACAACGAGCUGAUAUAGCUCCUCAAAGUGUGAGUGUGAAUAUAACACCUUUGUUCUUGUGGAAUUAUAUCGUUCAUACAUACUGUACCAUUAUUUGUAUUUUUGUUUCUCUUUUUUUUUUAAGUUACUCUGCUGGCCAGUAUUUCUACAAAACGUAUGUACAUUUUCUGAUUUUUAGCGCUGUUCACCUUUCUAUUUUAUCUGUCCACAGGGGAUGAUCAGGCCGCUCCCAGGAUCUUAUGACUGUCAGAGGUGACCGUGGAAAUCCUACCACCAGUCCGGUAACAGGCCUCUUUCCCUGGCAGCACAGUCGGUGUCUGCGAGGUCUCUGAAUGGUCUCCUUUGGGACUUUCGAAGGGUCUCCGCUUGUGUGUAAGAGCCCGUCACGCUCCUCCGCCUCGGAAGUGAACCGACUUUGUUGGCGAUGCACAACUCUUCACCUCAGCAGGGCCGGAUCUCACUGGUAGUGCAAGAAUGGCCCUCCGUAGUUGAUUGGUAGGCAGAGUGGAAUUAGCAAACAGUUGAUCUAGGUUUGUCAGAGUCGGGGAUGCCUGACCUUUGGGGCUGAGUAAGUGGUUGGUAUCCGCCAUGAUUCAAAAUGUGCCAGCUUGCAGUCUGCUAUCCAGUAGAAUUAUCAACAAGGACACAGGGGUAAGUGUUGGUAUAUCCCUCACCGGUGAGGGGGGAGUAACACCGGCAGGCACUGUGGAUGCUAGAAUCAAGUGGUAGAAUGAUCGGAUGUCUCCCACACACCACUGCGAAUAGGCCAUGAUGGAGAUCUGUCAAAAGUGGUCGGUGUUGCUUCAAAGCUGAUUACUUUAAAGCCCACAGGAGUUUCAAGUGGUAGCUGCCAGUGGUAGGUUGGUAGAUACGAGAAAUAAACGAGUAAUACAGAGUAGUUUUCACGGAGCUCUGCCAAGAUGCAACCUCUCUGCUUGACAGUCGGGCAGGGUAGGUGAGGUCGAUCCUUGAUUUUUUGAUGGCACCCAAAUCCUUUUUUUUUUGCAAAAUAACCACUGUAAUAAGCUAUAAUGCUUAUAGUGGCCCUUUAAUUAUGUUUUAUGCAAAGGUGCCACAAUAAUUCUCCUUGACCAGAAAGCAUUCAGAUUCUUAGCUUAGCUCACAUACACUGAAUUUCUUUGGAUUAAAUGUUAGAUUAUUGAUGCACACAAUAUUUCCAGAUGAGGGAGGUGAGAUGAUCCGUAAUUGUCGUUCGUGUAUUAUAGAAGUAAAGAUUCACAGGAAAUAACGAAUGUCAAGCAGUGUGUGCGGUAAUUAAAAAAAAAUGUCACACAGCUAGAAUGCCUUUGACAUUUAAUCCGACUCUAGCAAUCACUUGAACAAAUAUAUAAUUAUGCUUCACUUUCAAUGGUCAAAUUAAUCAACACUUCAGAAUUGCAUUUUUAAUAGUGGCAUUUAUUAUUAACAUUUCUGGUUCUCUUAGUAAUAAAUAAGGUUGAAAGGAGUAAGGCUAGGUAAGUAUGCAAGCCUGGAAAAAACGAUCUGUUAAUAAUGGCUUUUUCCCGAAAAUAACAUUAUUUAAUUGCAAUUAUUUACAAUACAUUUUGCCUGGACUUUAUUAACGUACAGAAAUCAAACAAGGCAAUCAAUGUAAUUGCCUUCUUUGUUUCCAAAACACCCAACACUUUGCAUGUCCCUCAACAAUGAGUGGUAUGGAUGUGGAAUCAGUGGAAGGGUGGAGGAAGAGGUGGAACCAUCCAAAAGUGUAAAGUUACGACAGAAAAAGUGGUUUGUUGACCUGGCGUGCUGAUGGACUGUCUGUCUGUCUAACCCCACCCUGUGUAGAUCUCUUAGUAUUGGCUUAAUGCCCCAAGGUGAUUUUGCAAUAUAAUAGCCAAACUGAAACAAAUCUGAGUUUGAUAUUUCUUAAAAUGUAGCUAUUUUCAUCUAAAAUAUUUUUGAAUCCCCCAAAAGCACAUUUUAUUGUGUCUUACGCCCAUGCCGUCACAGUUUAAAUUUCAGCUACUUUGUGUCAAAAGUUUUAACUGACAUUUGUAUCAUGGCAAGCCCUUUGCAGGGCAUUGACUUGGCUGGUAAGAUACCCAUUCACUCGCAAAGCAGCACUGUACAAGCAGGACUUAUGAGAGAGUCAGUGGAGUAUCAACAGUGCUACAUUGUCAUUGAUUAAAUGUACACCUAGCCAGUCAUAAUGCAGUUGAGAGCCAAUCAGCAAUCACAGGGGCCUACAAAUACUCUUGUAAUUUUUUCCCCCUAUAAUCAGUUUUUGAUUAUUUUUGUGUGCCAUUUCUUGUUUUUUAAUGGUGCAUCUCAUUUUCACUGGUGGAUUAUGUUUAAAAAUGUUAUUUAACAGGAUUUUUUAAACUAAAGAAUAGGGUAUACUCCUUAAUAAUAAUUUGUAGUAAGAAAUAUAAGAGGGGUUUACACAUAUCUUAAUAUAAAUGAGAUUGAGAGUGCUAUGCUUAAUCUUAAAACUCUAGUUGACCAUGGCAUUGGUAACCACUGGUUACAAGCUAUCUUUAAAUGGGUGAGGUUGUGACCUUUUCAAAUUUUCCUCCUACCAUUCUUUACAUGGAUACAUUUAAAAAAUAUCUUGUGCGACUUGUCAUCUUAAAAAAAUACCCUUUGCAUAACCGCAACCAUCAGCCUGUGAUGAUAAAUUUUCUUUCCAUAUUGACCACGAUAAUCACAACAUUGUCCGCUACCUCAUGGCAACCCCUUCAUUGAAUUUGCUGCAGGAUUCAUUUUUUGCCUAACAGUGUUCAUUUUGUCUUUAAUUAAUUUACUAAUCUUGUUUGAGGUAUUUUUGCCAUUAGUUUUCCACAUUGUCUAUAUAUGUGCUCAACAUGAAACUGAAAAAAGUAUAAAUUGCCAGGAGAUGUGUCCUAUAAGUAUACCUGGGAUCUACAGUAAGGGGGGGGGGGAGUAUUUGAUCCCCUGCUAAUUUUUAAAAUUUGUCCACUGACAAAAAAUAGAUCAGUCUAUAAUUUUAAUGGUAGGUUUAUUUGAACAGUGAGAGACAGAAUAACAAAAAACAAACCAUGGAUGGGUAUUCCAGCAUGACAAUGACCCAUAACACACAGCCAAGGCAACUAAGUAGCGGCUCAAGAAGAAGCACAUUGUGGCCUAGCCAGUCUCCAGACCUUAAUCCCAUAGAAAAUCUGUGGAGGGAGCUGAAGGUUUGAGUUGCCAAACGUCAGCCUCGAAACCUUAAUGAUUUGGAAAUGAUCUGCAAAGAGGAGUGGGACAAAAUCCUUUCUGAGAUGUGUGCAAACCUGGUGCCAACUACAAGAAACGUCUGACCUCUGUGAUUACCAACAAAGGUUUUUCCACCAAGUACUAAGUCGAAGGUGUCAAAUACUUAUUUCUUCCUUGACAUGUAAAUCAAUGUAUUACUUUUUUGACAUGCGUUUUUCUGCAUUUUUUGGUUUCGUUAUUCUGUCCCACUGUUAAAAUACACCUACCAUUAAAAUUAUAGACUGAUCAUUUCUUUGUCAGUGGGCAAAAUUUCAAAAUUAGCAGGGGAGCAAAUACUUUUUCCCCUCACUGUAAUCAUAUUAACAACAAUUCUACUUCCAAGCCCACGGUCAUUAUUCAUAUCAGGCAUACUGGGCCCUUUCUCUUUCACAUUGUUAAUUAUACAAUAGCCUGUCGAGUAUUGGAGCAUGUUGUCCUCUAAAUAAAGCCUCCCCAAAUAUGACUCCACAACCACCCCCAGAUACGACUAAGAAGCACUUCCAAGAGUCUACUUGCAAUCUUCCACGGGAUACUGCACCUGAAAAAGUAAUGGCAGGUGUGACAACAACUCCCAGCAUGAGCAGGCAGCAACCAAUACCACCUGCUGAAUAACAAGAAAAGACCUCCUAAAAAUGUCCUUGCAAGAUAUUGUAGCAUCCAACUCUAAAAAAAAUUCAAAUAAAAUCACACCGUAUUAAUUCACCUUAUUCUUUGCUGAAUCCUCUUUCAACAGAGUUGGCUUAUUAGACAUCAAACUGUGCUGGUUUCUAUUAGCAAAGACCCCAACAAAGGAUCCCAAACUCUUCCUUCAUCAAGCUGCUCAUUAUCUAAACAGUUAUUAGAUUAACUGCUCGGCGCAGUCAAUGGCCUACAAGUCAACAUACACAUUACUACCGACAUCCCGCUUAAAGAGUGACUCAUGACACUGAGUUUAUUUUCUUUUAAACAAGAGGCAUCUCAACGUGAUCACGUCGCCCUAGCUGUUAUUUUGUAGUUUUUCAUUGUAAGCGGCAGUUACUGUAUGACAUAGGCUAAAAAGCAAACUAUACCUCUGUUCUGACAAAAAUAACUUUCCCAAACGUAUUCAUUAAAACAAGGAUGAAAGUGCAGCCUUGGCACUAUGAGUGCAAACACAGAAUAUGUUUUCAUUUAGUUUUUUUUACGGUUUUGUUAACUUUGAUAUGUGCCACCCGUUAACAAAGAGAGAAAAAAAGGUUCACAGCAAACUCCUGCCCUGAAUUAUCUUGGGAAUAUUACCAUUGUUCCUACAUUUUAUAAAUGGGUUCUUUAAAAACUCGGAGACCCCUGACUAGUUGGUUUUCACAAAACCCUUUCAGUCUCUGUAAUCUUCACCCUAUAAUGAUCUUAUUAUUCCUCUGUGCUCUAAUUACCAUAAUAAUUCCAUGACAGCCCACUUCAUUCGGUUUUCUUCUGAUCUGUCUUCUGUUUGCUUUGUUGUUUAUUUUGUUUGUUUUUUUCUCGUCAUUAUGUUCUCUUAGUUUCUUGCCAUUGCUUUUCAAAAUAACUGUCUUUUGUAUAUUUUCCUUGUGAAACUGAAAAGAAUUUCCUCCUCAUAAAACAAUAAAAUGUGAAGUUGCUAGGAGACCUGGUCUGUAGCUAUACAUGGGAACUUCUUAAGUGAAAUCCUAAGCAAAAUGCAAUUGUUGUUAUUCUGGAUAAUUGGAGGCUUUCUCCAUUAAGGCAGGGCUACAUGCUAGAAUGUACAUGGCUAGGAGUGGAUACUCGUGGAUAAUAUAUAAAAACAAUACAGAAACAGUGGAGCGUUCUUAGGCAUUCCAAAAGAGAGACUUCAGUAAGUUGAAUCAUUAGUCUUACUGCCUCACCUUGACCCUAUUAUAUGUCCAUUUUAUGAGCUCUUUAUGGUUUUUUAAGUCCAAAAUAAAAGAAAAAAUGAUUUGCCAUUUAUAUCUCCUGCAUUCCGAGAUUCAACAUAAGUCCUUUUGUUUCACACUUUCUUUUAAAUGACUAAUAUAUUAAAACCCCAAAAUAGUGACUGCUAGACUAUAUAUGUGCAUUUUCAUUUGAGCAUUGACCUGUAAAUGUUAGGAGUACGAGUGUUCUGUUGGAUGUCUUGACUGAUUUUAGACUUUUAUGUCUCAAACAACAUCGGUAACUGUCAUCUUCAAGAGAAAGAUUAGUAUUAGUCCAUCCAAUUAAUCCUGUUUCACAGCCUCUCUUUGAUAUUUCUUACAGCUUGGCCCAUCAGAGAACAUGCCUUUGGUUAAGAGGAACAUUGAGCCACGGCACUUGUGCCGAGGAAUUGUGCCGGAUGCAGUCACCAGUGAGCUUGAAUGUGUCACCAACAGUACCCUGGCCGCUAUAAUCAAACAGCUGGGAAGUCUGAGUGAGUACAUUUAAUGUCAUUUUAUACAUUUUUGCAUUCUGUGGUAUUAUUUCUCACAAUAAAGUAGAACGUAGAACAAAACAUCAAGCACAUAUCUUUUAGAUAAGACCAAUUUGGCUCUUUGUUGCACUACUUUGAAUAUGUGAUGAAACAAUUAGUGAGGAUAAAGAUGAUAAAGUACCAUUUUGAUUUUAAUUUGAGGUUAUUAACAUAUCUAAACCAUACUGUGAUUAAAGUCCCCCUAAAACAUAAUUGGAGGAUUGACCGGGGAAGUGAAAUUGUCAGUCACAAUAGCUGAACUUGUAAAUAGCUGUGCUAGAUACAUUUUCCAAUUUGAGUUUUUUGGGCUAAAAUUUGUGAUUCUUUGCUCAAUCAAUAAUCUGUAAUAUUUUAUAGCUAUCACAGUAUACAUGUAGCAGUUUAGUAUGCAAAAAAAUGCAACCCUUAUAGCAUCACUACUAACAUACUUCCUAACUCAAAAGCAAUUGCAUCACUGGUUCCUAAAAGUGUCAGACCCACCCAGUAAUGGGGCCGGUCCAUCCAUUUUACUGAUCGGUCGGCCUGGCAUUACUGCACGCCAGGCUGCCUGUCUGUGAUCUAAGGUCAUCCCACUGAGGACAGGCCUUGCAGGGAGCAUUCUUUCAGUCCUCUCUGCAGGGUCCUAGUACCAUAAGCAUAGCAUGAGUAUAUCUAAUGACGCUCUCACACUAUUCUUGUUUGGGACAGUUCCCUGGUGUCUCCAAAAAUGGAACUGAAGUCGAGAUAGCUGGAGUGGACAGGACCUGGAAAUCAGGACUGUCCUGCCGAAAUCGGGGCAGUUGGGAGGUUUACACUAACCAGGAAAUUAACACUGGAGGGAGAGUACAUACUGAGAAGUAAAGUUCUGUCAGUAGGCCCAAAUCUAAGACACAUUAUCAAAGGGGUAAUCUAGCAAGAAAAGUCAAUAUGCAGUCAAAAGGAUGAGGAACACCUCUUGCCAUGGUGUACAAGACAACUGUCUAAAUCACUGUUUUUCACCCAAAGUGCUAACAAAAUGUCUAUGGGUAUUUUAAGUGUGGUGUUCUUAUUCAUUUUAAAUACAACUGCUACUUCCAACAAUAGCAAAUAGCCAGAUAGACCACAAAAGACGAUUGUAGUCAAUGUUCAAAGAAUGUUUUGUAAUUGUGAAUGAAAAACAAUUGUAGACCAAAUUAAAAAUACAAUCCAGGGGGCGGAGCCUGAACACUGAAGCAAGCAGUCGCAUGAGCCUGUAGCUCCAAGCUUCAUGUGGUGAAAUAAACUACAGAAUUGCACCCCUUCUAUCCCAAAAUGAUAGGGGGGACCCUGUGGGUACCCUUGGGCGAAAAACCAAGAAAACAGUAUUCAUUUCUUUAAUACAUUAGUGAUGUUUAUCCAUCUGCUUCAGGUCGCCAUGCAGAGGACAUAUUUGGAGAGCUGUUUAAUGAAGCCAAUAGUUUCUAUAUGAGGAUGAACUCCCUGCAAGAGAGGGUGGAUUUGCUGGUCAUUAAAGUCACGCAGCUGGAUUCUACCGUGGAAGAAGGUAAUUUAAAGAUCUUCUGUUCUGAUUUUGGCAAUAAGCAGAUUAGACAAUUGAUUAAAAGGGCAGGAGCUCCAAUAUAGGUACAAGUAAAUGUGAGUUCAAUAUCUCCACUUACUCUUUCUUCCAUCGAGAUGCACUUGAUAUACUGGUGGCUGCAGGGCCAAACUAGGAAGAAUAACAGGCCCUGAUUAUCUCGAAGUCCAGCAGUACAUGUUUAUAAAGAUACAAAUGAAACUUUUUUUCUUACAGACCAAAAAUAGCAAUACAAAAAUAGCAAUAACUCCAAAUAAAGUGAUAAUUUUGACAUUUGUCCAGUGAACAGGAUCAUCGAGUGCUGCGUGCGUAAAAAUCAUCUGCCUAUGAUUUUUGCUCUUACCACCUUCCAUACUGCCUUUAAAAAUGACCCUCCAACAUUCAGAGGUAUGAAGUCUGGUUCAGGGUGGGUGGGCCAUCAGAAGGUUAUAUCUGUGAUGCUGUGGGUACAGACAGGAGGCGAGUCCAUUCUAAGAAAGGGCCAGGUCAGCAUGGUGUGAAUUCAUGCCUGGUUCACUGAUAACCCCCUUUGCCUGCCCCACGGAGGGCUGCACAUUUUCAGAACACUUGUAAAGCAAUUUAAGUAUUGUCACACACCCUCAAUGCAUUGAGUAUUAGGGGAAUUCCCUAGAGUUCCCUGAGCAGGAACAUCAGAGGAUAAACCCGAGCCGUUGGAACAGGAUCUCAAACUUGGGACUGUUCUACUGAAUCCAUGAUAGGUUGAUGGUAUACCCUAAUAUCAUAGUCAGCAGAGGAACUGAUCAUUAGUAUGUUGAUACAAGUCAAAGAAUUGUUGUCCUAAAGAUGGGACUUAUGAACAAAAUCAGUUAAGAGAGGAAAUUCCAAAAUACACACAUGUAUUGUCACCACCCUAAUUGAUUCCCUCACCUAGUUUGCAUCUAAACAGAAUCAUUUAUUCAAAUGCCUGAACAACAGCUGGCAAGAGUAAGCUGAUCCUGAGAAAAAAGAGCUUGGUACCGUUAUAGAAAUUUAGCUAUUUUGUUAUCACAUCUCUCUCUACAAGUUUUAACUUUGUUUAAUAUUUUUCACUUUAAUGAAGGUCUGACAGCUGUUAUGCAAAUGAUUUAGUGGACUCGCAGUGUCCUUUGUCUGCCUACAACCAGUGUAUGAUUUACAGUUAAAAUGUGUUUGUUUUUCCAUGCUUGAGUGACUUUGUCCAUCUAUUUUGCCACUUGCUUGGAGAGCUCUUUUUCCACGAUUUAGUAGAUAAGAUACACACAGUUAUAAUACCAUUCUUGUGUAACUUUAUUGCAAUGAUGAUUUUUCAAAGAGUGAACUCCAGUAAACUGAUCUGUAUAUGCUUCAUCACGUUUUAAAGAAUAUGUUUUAGACAAAAUAAGUGUUGAUUAUUAUCACAGCUCAUCGUAGUUUUGGCUGACUUAUCACUGCUUUUCAGAACAAAUCCCCAUGAGAGAUAUUUCAGAUGUCUGCUAAAUAGAAUGCAAACCCUUUUCUGAAUAUCUACAAAACACUUUCAGUAAUUGGCAAAUAUGAAAUUCAAUUAAUUAAGGCACUUCUGAGCUCCUCCGACACUGUACUCAGAACCAGCUGACCUACUUGGAAAGAUCGUUUGUUUCCGAAAUGCUAAACAUUUUCUUAGCUUGUUAUUAAUUCAUUAAUCAAGCCAUGUGUUCAUUAGGAAAUAAUUCAUGUGAAUAUUAAUAAACUCCUGACAUAUCGCAUAUGGCUGCAAUAAAAUGACAUAAAAUAAUGGAGCAGUGUCUCUUUUUCAUUUGACAGCCUGCUAUUAGAAAUCAUUAAAUUACCAUUUAUACUAGACUAAGCUUUGAUAGCUUUAGUUAGAUUGCAAGCUUUUUAGUCAAUUGUUUCUGUAAGAGUCCAUAAACAGUGUCAGGUAUUCACACACCACUAUAAAGAUCAAAUGUAAUCAGUGAAAUAGGUGCAGGAUUCAUGGAGUAUUUCAAGCACCAUAACCACUCCACCUCUCCUCAGUGGGUAUGGUACCAGGCACCAUUCCACACUUAGUAGUCAAACCAAUUUAGUAUUGUUUGACAACUAGCCAAGUUCCCCUUGGUCACUCAAGCAAUGAAGUCUUAAAAUAGUCUUAAAAGUUAACUAUGCACAAACUGUUAUAGAUUUUCAGGAUGCUUUCUAUCCAGAUACCUAAGAGCUACUGCGACAAGGCGCAGAGACUAUUCACAGACGUUAUCUGGUAUAAAGGUAGAGCUAGAGUAGCGAGGGAGGUGUUGCAGAGGCCUCUCACAGAAGGAGGCAUGGGUGUCCCUCAGGUGUGGGCAUAUAGUAGAGCAGCUCUUCUGGCUCAGGCCAUUAGCCUCCACGCACCCUGUGGAUUGUUGAGAUGGGUGGAUAUGGAGAGGCAGCAAAUGCCAGGGGUUUCACUGUUGUCGCACAUGUGGACUCCUCCACUCCUGAGGCAAACGUCCCACCCCCCCCCACACCCAACCACAGCAGCGUCAUGUUGUGGAACGCACUACACAACAUGAGGCCCUCACCAGCCAAAUGCCACAGGCUGGCACCAAUGGCUGCGCUGAGGGUGUCUCCCCGUGGAUAACUAUACGCCAAUGGGAGAAUCAGGGAGUAAAACAGAUAUCCCAACUGAUAUCGGGGGGUACACUGAUCCCGUUCCCGACACUGCAGGAUACAUACCAAUUACCAUCAAAAUUUACCUUUUUACAGCUACAACUCAAGAGCGUACUACUAGAACAUGUAGGCUAUGCAGCGAAUGAUGCCACCCCUGCCGAAAGAGACCUACAAUUCUUACUAGCCUUGUGCUGGACAACACCGGUUAAACCUAAACUCCUCUCUGGGACCCCCAUGGCCCUUAUGUCACAAUGGGAAAAAGAAACAGGGAAAGUAGUCCCACAGGAGAGGUCAAUCAAGAGAUUAAAUGCGUUGCAGGGCAUUAUUAGAUGCUACUCACAUAUAGAAGCUCAUUGUAAACGCAUAUAUCGUUGGUAUCUCACACCGGAAUAAGCUCAGUCACAAAUACAAAAUAAUAAUGCCAACAUGGAGAUGUGGCUUAGAAAGGGGCACCAUGUUACAUGUUUGUUGGGACUGUAGGUAAUUAAACCACUGUGGGGCACAGUGGCAAAACUGGUGGAGGCACUCCACCUAAAAGUUCCAUUAGAACGUGUGGUAUAUCUCUGGCUAGAGUUCACACCCGGCGUGACGUUCCAUGGGAGGGCCUUGGUGGCACACAUCGCUCUGCCGGCUAGAGCUAUUAUAGCUCUUAAUUGGAAAUCUGACUUAUGUCUUACAGAAACAAUGUUGAUAGAUAAGAUAAAACUUAACUACGCAUAUGAGCAUAUGGCCAUUCUCUCACUAAUCGCUAAUACUAAAACAAGACAAAUCUGGGAACCAUGGGAGGCCCUGUACCCUUCACCCCCCAGGACAAGUGAGCCCAGGGCUAGCUUGACCCCACCAACCUAAACUACGGUAAAAAACAAACAAAGAAACAUAGGAUCCACAUACCAGAACGGCACUUCAGGGGCACCAAGGGAAAGGGAAGAGCCUGCAGGGGUUCCAAUUGCAAGCUGCAACCUAAACUCAUGGGUACACAAGUUCCAAUGCUCGUUUCUACGACUCAACUCCAAGACCGCACUACCCCACGCAAUAUCACUAUCUCAUACAAGUCAUUACCAGCAUGCUCUCGUUUGGAUAUCUGAACGUUAAUGUUUAUGUAUGUUUAUUAUUCUUUCUGUUUGAAUUGUAUUUGAUUGUAUUUACCACGAACUAGUAUCAUUUGAGUUCAUCUGCCAAAAUAACACUCAUGCUACUCAAUAUAUAUCACAUGCCCUUCUAGCCAUUCACCCCCCAUAGAGGAGAGCAUAAGGAGGGCCUCACGCCUAACUGCCGAGUGUAUCCGCCACCCUAACCUUUACUGCAUAAAUCUAGAAAGUGAUGUAAUUGCCUGUCAUUUAUUGUACGCUAAUGCAGCGGGGGGGAAAUGUAUGGAAUAAUGUACGACAAGAUGUUUAGCCUUAUACUUGUAUUUGUAACGGUCGACCUUGUAUAUUUAAUUAUGUGGCAAUGUUAAUGUAAAGUAUUGCAGAUGUAUUAACUGGAUGUGAAACAAUAAACUUCAAUUAUAAAAAAAAAAGUUAAAUAUGCAGUGUAACCGUCGGCCCAUCUAAUUGCAGGUAAACUGCAAUCCCAUAUUUUCAUAUUCAUUUUUGGUUGAUAGAAAAUAAUGGGAUGGAAGUGGUAGUCCAACAGCAGUUAGAGUACUGCAGGUUAAGUCACUCAUCUUUUGUUAUCUAAUUGUCUCUAUAAAACAUCUACCUGUAUUUAUUUGGUUACAGUCUCCUUGCAAGACAUUAACAUGCGGAAAGCAUUUAAAAGCUCCACGGUGCAGAAUCAGCAGGUGGUGUCUCGGAAUUCCAUUCCUAAUCCUGUCAUGGAAAUUUACCAGCGAUGUGACAAACCUCCACCACUCAACAUUCUGACACCUUACAGGUAUUGCUCUGACCUUCAGUAUCAUUUGUUUUUGAAUAGAAAACUUUUUAUAUACCAGGAUUUGUUCCAAGUACCUGGGCUACAUUAUUAUUAUUAUUAUUAUUAUGAUAUUAUUUAUAUAGCGCCAACAAAUUCCGUAGCGUUGUACAUGACAUCAUAUUCUGGUUGUGGCUGUAAUUAUUUGCUUUCAGUCAGCUAUGAUGUUUGCAUCACCUGCACCAUUUGACCUAGAUACAAAAAUGUGAAUUUUAGGUUGACAUAUUUUAGAUAAAUACAUGACACUGUUAAUAUUUAUGUAUGUUCCUCUACCAACAAUUGGUUCCAAAUCCACUUAUUAUAAAUGGCACUCCCAUGGUAACUAUAUGUAUCGAGGCAAUCAGUUUUAAACCUUACAUCAUAGUUACUACAUACAGCAGGAAUGGAUACAUUCUGUUUUUAGGAGACAACUUCCCAAUUUUGGAGCAAGACAUCACUUGCAAUAGUUUAAUUCAACGUUUACCCAUACUGCAACUAUAUUUCAUACAGCAUACAUUAUAAUGACAUAACAUACAACCUCCAUUUCUCACCGCCAUUGCAAAGGGCACCCAUGUAAGCUACAUCAACAAGCACAGAUGCAUAAUACAGUCAUGACACAUACACUUCCCAGAAAAAAACAAUAACACCCGCAACACCCACAUUGACAACCUUCUCACAUACAACACUUACAUUCAGCAUCCAGUUGAAAUCCUUAUCACAUACAAUGUCAGAAUGAGACCCAUGUGUCAUGCAACAAUCAUGGCACCCACAGUACUUACACAACUAACCUCUUACGCACAUCAGAUACAGCAUCCAUCUGACACCCACAUCACCAUCAACACCACCAUGACCACAAGAGCAAAUACAACAGUCAUCAACAAAAUAUUGUAUUACUUUGUCUUAAAAUGUGAUGUGAUGUAAGUUUUAAUAAAUAAUUAAAAGAUAAUUUAAUGUUUUACAUACACCUCACAUAUAAGCGAUAUAUUUUCAUGUAUUUUGCCACUGUCUUCCUUAGAUAGAGGAUGUGAAAGUAUGGUAUAGCAUCUUGUGUUACCUCACUUAUUGGAACACAACGUUUUAAUUGUCCCAAAAAGGACAACUUUUCUCUGACUGGUCUACAGUGCAUUUAGUAAAUUUGACCAGUAGCCCAUCUGUAGGUAGUUUCUUGGCAACCUUGAGAUGUAACUCUAUUACUAGAGCAGUGGUUUUCUCCUAGAGAUCAUGGUAACCAUGGUAAGCUUGGUAACCUUGAUGUUUGUGAAGUGUGCUUCCAUACAUAUAGUGGAGGGCCAUCACUGCUCAAAGAAUAAUGUAUGCUUAGCUCAUGGACUUAGUUUAGCUGGAUUACUACAUUUGAAACGGUAACAGUGGCAUUGGAUUUUCCUAAUUUGUAUGUUAAAUGUCUGGAGGACAAAUUAUUUAGCAAGGUUUGCUUUUCAUCCUUACUAGACUCAAUGAAUAAAUUUUUCUGUGGUCCUCAAGUAAUGUUUGUUCCCUUCAUGCAUUAAAUUGUCAUCUUCACAAUAUUAAUGUUUCAGCUCAGAACUAACCAAAGUCACAAAAAUAUUACAGAAUAGAACACCUACAGUUUUUAGAUUACAACUAAAAUCAUAAUAUGUAGUAAAGUCUGAAAGAGGUCAGCUUAAAUUUUGAUAGAUUAGCAGAGAAAAUCCAAAUAAUACAAGAAUUGUUGAGCAGUGCAAAAGGGAAUGAAACAAGCUGGUGAAUCCACUGCCAAUGGAGGGAUCGUGUGUGCAACAAAAGGAGUAAUGAUCACAAUAUUCCUUUAGUGUUGCACACUUCAUCUCAGCAGACACUAACAGAGACCAAAUUAAAAUAAAAGCUACAGAUAUCUGAGUAAGUCGGAUCUUUCCUGGCAUCCUUGUCAGAAUUUCUUUUUCAAUGAGAAGCUUCAUAAUAGGGUAAAACGAUUAACUCCAAAAAAACUGUGUGCCAGGUAAUUAUCCUUAAGAAGGAUAAUUGUAAUCCUUCAUGGGAAAGCAUGGGUGAACACCUCGUGGCCCUCAGGGUAACAGCCAUGUCAGAAUCCAUUUUGAAGCAAUGUAGAAUGUCCAAUGGAACCUUUAUGGAGCCAUAUGUGCUUUAGCCAACCAAAAACAGACAUCCAAUGUGACAGGUUUGACAUAUUUAGGUGACAAGAGUGAAGUGUUCUAGUUCUUCUUGUAAGACAUCUUUGGACACUACUUUAACUCUCAUGUUAUGCACCAUGUUCCUAUCUUCUGAUCACACCAUGUGGGCAGACAGCUCAGAGUAAUAUUGUGUUAUGUAUUGAGAACGGAGUUCAUUGUGAACUGAGCAAUGUAUAUGGUCCCUACUUUUUCCUCCAUUAAUACAAUGUGCACCUGUUAGGUUUGAAAGGAUAUCAUACAGUAAAGCUUUAAUUUCCACUUUGUUGGAUGGGAUGUUAUCUUCCUUAUCUGUAGGUCUGUGGGUUCCUCUUCUAUCAGCAGAUCAUUUCCUAUAUUAAUGAAUAGGCCAGUGGGGGACGUUUUAGGAGGUACAGGCCUUUGGUGUUGUUAAAUAAGGUCCAAGAUAUUUUGUAAAUAUGCUUUAACUAUAUAUAUAAAUAUAUGUUUUGUUUUGUUUUUUGGAAAUGCAUUGACAUGUUCUUAGUAGAACAUAUCAGAUGGAUACUCUAUGAUCACCUAGCUUUCAAAGUUUGCAUCCGUCUCUUUCAAUCAUUAGCUUACGGUAUUAGAAGUAAAUGAACUGUCCUCUUUAAUAGACCUGAUUCUCUAAACCACUGUAAUAACCUUACCUAGAAAGACUUUCAAUGUUGGAUCAGUAUUUUUUAGUAAAGACAUGAAUACAUGUUUAGUCUGUAUUUGUUUAACUAGGUUUUCUUUAUUUGCAGAACAUCUAAAGUUUAGGUCAAGCUAAUGCAGAUAUGAAGAUAAUUCUAACAUGCCCUGAUAAGUCAAACGUACUCUUACCACUGCUCUUAAAGGACGACUAUAGUGCCAGGAAAACAUACUCGUUUUCCUGGCACUAUAGUGCCCUGAGGGUGCCCCCACCCUCCGGGUCCCCCUCCCACCCGGCUCUGGAAGGGGGAAAGGGGUUAAAAGUUAACUUUUUCCAGCGCUGGGCGGAGAGCUCUCCUCCUCCGAUCCUCCUCCGUUCCUCCUCCUGGGCUGAAUGCGCACACGCGGCAAGAGCUGCGCGCGCAUUCUGCCGGUCACAUAAGAAAGCAUUCAGAAUGCUUUCCUAUGGACGCUAGCGUGCUCUCAAUGUGAAAAUCACAGUGAGAAGCACGCAAGCGCCUCUAGUGGCUGUCAAUGAGACAGCCACUAGAGGAAAUAGGGGAAGGCUCAACCCAUUCAUAAACAUAGCAGUUUGCUAUGUUUAUGAAAAAAUGGGUUAAACCUAGCUGGACCUGGCACCCAGACCACGUCAUUAAGCUGAAGUGGUCUGGGUGCCUAGAGUGGUCCUUUAAGCUUUGCAUUAUUACCACUAACUAAUGAAGUAACGGGGGGGGGGGGGUGUCUGCAUAUAAUCUACAUGACAAGGGCUUUAAUGGGCACACUAUUGUUCAUCCACCUGCUUUGGGUACUUUUCCCAAUAUCGAAAUAAGAAUUUAUUUCCCUUACACAAAAAGACAAUUACACUGGAAAGGUUAAAGUAUAUUUACAGAAAACUCAGUAUUUUUAAAGGGCUCAUUAGUGCAUGUACAGACGCGUAACGGAAAAUCAAGUGAUAUAAAUAGUAUCAAUACAGACAGUCAUAUAAAUAUUCAUUAUUUCAAAGGCUAUUGCAUGCAAAAUGUAUGAGUGUGUUAUAAUUGUCAAUUUGCUUUAAUGUACUUUCAGUAAAUAUGAUAUCAGCAGGUUCCAUCUCUUGUCAUUACAAAAUAUUUGUACUUUUGCUAUUCCAUACUUUCUCUGUAACCACUAGCAUUAACCCUUCGAUUGCCAGGGCAGUUUUGCAUUAUUUUCCCCACUGGAGACCAGGUGAAUUUGGCGCAUUUUACCAUCUUUUUGUAACGGUAUUACCCAAUACGCAGAGUGAAAACCACCAGUAUAAUUAGAGACAGAAAGAAAGCCGCUAAGCCGAUCCUUAAAAUGGCCAGAUAAAAUAGAAACUACAAGAAAUGCCAGAAACAAGCCAAGGUCAAGGGAAGCCAGAAAUUCACAAUAGCGAGGAACGAAGCCGAGUCAGGGAAACCAGAAAUCAGAAUAGUCAAGAGCAAGCCGGGUCAAAACCAAAGAACUAUCAAAAGGAUACAGGAACACGCUGAGGGGACACUAGAGACACAAGGCACACUAGGAACCACAACAGUUUUAGGGGCAGACUGGGAUUUUAUAUGAUUAUCAUAACCACGCCCCCAAAAUGUACGUGUACGUUGAGCUCUGUUGUUUAGAGCUUUUCUGGCCUCAUGGUGCCAGGACGCAUGCUCCGCGUCCUUAAAAGGGGCGUCUGCAUAGCGGCCAGCGGCCCUGAAGCUGCAUGUAGCCUCUCCAGGCGUGGGAGCGGCGGUCCGACCGAUCCCGCCGUCGGCAGAGCGGCGGACAGAUAAGGUAAGUGGGUGGAGGCUUACACUUUUACUUUAAAACAUAUUCCUACAAAACCCUCAGAAUGCUGUGUUUACUUCAUGGGUAUUCUAAUCCUUACCAUCUGCAAUGCUAAGGGUAAGCCACUAGUGUUCUGUAUGAUUAACCAUACCCUGUAUUAUCAACAGCAUGGGGACACCCAAUGAACCUAGUGGACAGAAGUCAAAGGCCAGUCUUCACCUUGUUUCUGUGUCUUUUUUUUCUAUUUGUCCCUAUGUUUUAGCCCUCUUUUUCAUCUCCUAUUUCUUUCUCAAUCUUUUUACUUCUACUCCUCUUUCUGUUACUGGCUUUGUGUCUUUCAUUGACUUGACUUUUUCACAUGGCUGAUUUGUCUCUCUGGCGAUAACGGUUCCCUAUAACUCCAUCUGGUGUUGUGGGACAGCCUUCUGUCCAGCAGGUUUGAAUCUCCUUUCAUAUGAUGUGAAAGAACAGAAUAUUCCAGAGACCCCACCCAAAUUAAAUUCAAUGUGACAGACAUGUUUCAGAAGUAGAUGUAUUGCCAAACUAAUGCGCCUUUGCCCUGCACAAAUGAUUUCACAGGAGUUUUUAGUAACACUGUAGGCAGUAAAAACAAUACGUGAUUUUGUUUGACAAGUACUAUGUUUCUGUUUCUGGUCUGUCCAUGCGCCAUAGUGAUGACCACAGAGUCUCCACUAUAAAUACUUUCAGACUGAAGUCUCUUGAUAAAUGGCACUGAUGUGCUGAAAGAUUUUGGAGAAACUAUUUCAGACAGAGGUCCCCUACUCACAUCGUGGGAGGUAGAUAAAGACUGCAUAGAUGUUUUAUCAUUAAUUAGGAAAAAGGUUAGAGAUGCAAAAUGAACAAAAUUGGGUUGAGUAUCAACGACCUUUGUUAAUAGGUCAUUGAGCAUAUAUUUUGAGUUUUAGAGCAUGUUACUCCUUCUUAUAAACCAAACAUUCAUUCUGUGAGCAUGGCAACUAGCCAUAUAGGGUAAUGGAUCUCUUAUCAUGCCAAGAACAAUAUCUUAAAACACUAUGAGGUUGGGUAGGGGUUCCUCCUUUCUUUCCAGCUGACUUGACCUUAUGUGGUGAAAUGGUCUUUGAUGUACCUUACUUGGCUUAUACAAGCCUCAGAAUGAAACUUACUAUGGUUACUGUACCUAUUCCAAGUUCCCCCUGCCCAGAUUUUCUCUGGAUUAUUUUACUCCUUCCUAUCAGCAUUUACUAGGUGUAUGUGAAAAAAACAUGUUCUAGUGCAACAUAAGUCUGCUGGUGGACUGGCCAUUUGUGACAUGAGUUGCUAGCAGAUAAGAGUCUUGCAUUGCACAUUGACUCUGUUGGAGAAACUAUGCCUAAAUGUUGACGAAGAUCAAUUGGAUUUAUUAUCCUCCUAUCUUCCUUGUAAUGUCCUUUCUAGUUUCUAUUGCUUGGCUUAUAGCCACCCUUUUGUAGGCUCUACCCUGUGAAUAUGGAACAAUCUAACAUUCAGGGUUGGGCACGAUGCUUUUCAGUCACCACCUUUUCCAUUUCUAGGUGUGCCCCCAAUUCUAUUUGUAUUUACCACUUUUUCCAUUGUCACGUAACCAGGAGUUUCCAUCCACAAUGGCCCUCUAGGUCAAAGAGAAUUUGACAGACCAAAAUAGUAACCGGUCCUAAUUGGUCCUAAUAUUGUUGCCUUUUAUGGACACUCCUGGCUCCACAAUCGGUACAGACCACUGUAGUGGUUAUAAUGCUUGAAAUGUUACUUCAAUAUUUGAUGGAUUUAUGUUGGGUCAGUCGAUAUGUUCGUCACUUCUAGUAUUUGAAAAAAAAAUUUGUGAGAUAGUUCUAAAUAAUUGUCUCUAAAAUUAAUAUUUAGAAAAAAGAAAAUACUUGGAUCUCAUUGCACAUUACAUAUUAUAUAUUGGUGGUGGGGCUUUGGCAGAGCAUCAUGGGGGUUUUAGAUAAGCAAACAGCAGUAACAUGAUAGGAUCAGUGCUUACAGGAACACAGUAAUGGUCCCCGAAUGUAUGUGGUAACCAUUUUCCACUUUUUUUCUUCCUCUGCUACAAGUAGCAGCUGGGACAUUUACACCUAGUAGCAAUGCCAGCUGUUUCUUUAUGAUUGGACCACUAGCAUCACCUCCAGAGGCCAAAAAUGUGUUCUAGUGUCAAUGUGCAGGGGCAAGAAACAAUCUUGGUCAGCAUUCACAGCUCAAUAUCAACAUUUUAAAUAAUAUAUAAACCCGUGUGGCUAAAAGGUUUACUCCAGGGCCAGACAUGUUUCAUUUACCUACAAUGAAGUUGUUGGCCCAGGUGUACAGUAAUAAGUGAGACACCCUUUAUUGUGUUCUGAUAAUAUGACAAAUAACAGAUUCUGUGACGGAAUAUUAUAUCUGCCACCUUACAUGUUCUUUGCCCAAUUCCCAGCAAGUACUCUGCUUUUCAUAACUUUUAAACAGAAAAAGUAGUUUCCGUAGUACUUAUACUGUAUGUAAUAUACAAUUGAUGAAAACUGGCAUUAUGUUCAAAACUGUAAAACUUGAAUAAUUAACUUUUAUUAGUUAAAUAUAAUGUAACUGUUUUAGUAAAAGGGAGAAUAUAUCAUGUUGAAGUGAUAUAUUCUCCCUACAGAGCACUGUCGUGUUUGUGAUGCCAGGAGUAUCCUUACCUGGCUUUCUUGUAAUUGGGUAAACUGUUUAGCAAUGGUCAUGCCACCUUAUCUGAUCCUUCCUGGUGGUCCACUGACGUGCUUCAGGCUUCUGCAGAGCUGCAAAUGCUGGAAGUCCUGGUGGUUGACAUUAAUUUGCUUAGAGAAUCAGCUUUUUCCUGUCUGCCAAAGAAAGUUGCACCGAAUUCUGGGCUGGCUCAAGACAGCCCUAUGAUGCUGCUAGAGGGGAAGAUUGAUCUCUGGCAAGACAGGUAGUAAUCUCUGUAUCUGCAACAUUUCAAUGCAAAAUGCUGCCUAUAUAGAUUCUAGGCACCAUGGCCACUUCAAAUCCCUCAAUUGGUCAUGGUGCGUGGAGUAACCCUUUAAUCCAAAGUAUGAAAGUUGCAUUGAUUUGUUUUCAGGUUUAUGGUUGUUUUCUUCAAGACGAGAUGCCUUCUAUCACGUUCCUUUUUGAAAUCAGGACUGAACAAGUUGUAGUGCUCCAAGUUCCCACAAUCCUCAGCCACUGGAGAUGUUCUCAAGAAACAAUGAGGGCACUACAGACGGGCUUCCUUUUUUUGUUUACACAACUUCUAGAAGAAAAAUAUCAGGUUUUUGUCAGUAGUUAUUGCUUAGGGAUCAGCUUGAUAGAUCUCAGUUGAUGAGCUACAUAAUUACUACUGCAAAUUUCUUCGCAUUGAUUUGUGUAUUUUCCCUUCUGUAGGGACGACAAGAAAGACGGGCUCAGAUUCUACACCGAUCCCUCUUAUUUCUUCAACUUAUGGAAAGAGAAGAUGUUACAGGCCACUGAAGACAAGAGGAAAGAGAAGAGAAGACAAAAGGUAAGCACAGGAAACAUUGUCUAAACAUUCGUAACCAAACACAUAGAUUCUAUGCCUACUUUUAUACUUUAUGGUUAAAUUUCUGGUGAUCUUGUUUUUAAUAGUAUAUGGGGUGUAUAAAUGCAAUUGUAUUUUUAUAAAUAGUUUCAUGGGUGUCCAUCAGGGUUAUACACUAAAGUAAAAAUUCAAAGUGAAGUUCCAUUUCAAGGUCAAAAAUAGCCAAACUGGAAAAAUUUACUAAGUCAGCAAUGCUUCUAGUUUGGCCUAAUAUAGGAAAUUCACUAUGAAUUCUCACUUUACUGAAUAACUCUAAAUAUGUUCGCAUUCAUGCAUAACCCCAAUGGUACAUUGCAUUUUCUGUAAUUCAACUGUCAGUCUGUAAAAACUUUAGCCUGCAAAGCCUGUCUCCUAAAAUAGGAGUAAUAAAAUGUGAUUUCCCGGGGGCGGGACUAACAGGAGCUCCUUGCAGAACUCUCAAUUUUAGUGGAAUCCUGCGACACCCGACACUCACAACUGAAUCCGGCAGCGACUUACCUGCUAUUAAAGCCAGCCUGGAAGCUUUGGUCCGGUCUCCAGAUGUACCGGAGCUACCGAGGCCUAGUGUGCACACUGGGCAGGAGAAACGUCCGAUCUCCUGUCCCACGACGCAUCACUCUCUCACAGUAACCUAUAGUGCCCUGUUACCCCCUCUGGACCGGCGGGGGUUAUCCCGGUCCCCACUGGGAUGCUUUGCUUACCGCGGCAGAUGUUAGGCAACUAAUCCUGUUAGUCCCCAAGAUGGCUAACACUCUCACACCACAUAAGCAUGAGCUGACUUCGACUGGAUCUGAACACAUAAUGGAGCGACUGGAAAAUCACUUUGCAUGCUUCUGGGCAAAACCUGAGGCCCACAUUGUGGCAGCAUCACUUCAGAGUCUGGAGAAAGAAACAGGUGACAGUGGAGCAGAGGUGAGAGGGCCUCCUCCUGGCAAAGCAUCUCAUCAAUCUCAUGUGUUUCCCAGCACUGGCCUGCCCAGGCUGAGGGCUGUUAGGGACAUAGUCCCUGUGCAACAACCACCCAGACGGACGACCCAUCGCCGCAGGGGGUGACAGAACACCAGGAGCUUCCACAAUUCUCCUAUAGGGAUGGACUUGAACUCCAAUGCGAGCACUUGAGUCCGUGGUUCCCUGAUGUUUGUCUUCAUCAAGGCCUGGGGCAAGAGGGGCUCUACACCACGCUCCCGCCUUGCUAGACCUUACGGCAACCAUCCAGCAUUCCCAACCUUGGGCAUUGACUGAUGCUGGACUUAUUCCCAGAGGCAUAUUGCCUUCCCCAAAUCGGAGUCUCCUUAACUCCAGUUGCCACCAUACAGCAUUUCUAAGCCCCUUCUCCCUAAUAUGAGCAAUGGUUUUAUUUAACUUUUUUUGUUUUACCUACAGUUAGUUUAUUUCACAAUGCAGAACCGUGCCAGUAGUCUCAACCCCAGUGGCUCCUUACUCCUGAAACACUAAUAUGACUAGUGACAUUUUACUAUGCUCUAAUCCCCAUAUCUAGCCAGCCUAUCUGUUUUAACAUAUAUGUGUUUUCUAGCCUAGACAUGUCGAACUACUCUGUUCCUGCUCGUUAUUAAUAUUAAAUUGUGCAGUUUCUAUGAACGCCAUAUAAUUGUUUACUAUUGUUUGUAUUACUGUGUUUGUUUGUGCUAUUGUGGCAUGCUAAGCUUAAAUGGAAUCAUUUGCACAACCAAAAUAAAGAUUUACAAAAAAAUUAAAAAAUGUGAUUUCCAACCGCCUCCAAUUUGAGUAUAUAUUUUUGUACAUUGGUUAGGGUUUCCAUAUCCACCAUGUUUUCCAAAACAUGUAUAAUUUCUUCAUGCUAAUGGAAAAACAUUAAUAAUGCUGCCCUGCAGAAUGUCUAGUGUAUGUCCUGCAGGAUUCAUUAUUGACUAAUUACUUGAUUUCAUACAGAAACUUCUGAAUUCUACAUACCACAGGGCAACACUUUUCAUAUGCUGACUGUCAAUAUGUAUAAAUGAUCUGGGUCCAGGAACACAUGGUGGAUAUGGCAGUCCUGACCUCGCUGAUUAUGGCCGGUUGGCAACAGUCAACUAUUAGUUUAUUAUUCAAGUUGUAACAUCAAAAAUCCACAAAACACACUAGGCAGUGAAACAAAUAGCCAUGUAAUAAAAAGAUCUGAAGGGCGUGUGUUUGUCAUGCCCCAUUACACUCACAUCUUACCUUUAAAUGUUUUAAUCCCUACUGGACCAUGGAUAAAAUCCGGCUUUCCUCUGUCAGGCAUUACCGUAUUCCCUUGCCUUGGCCCAGUGCAGGAGAGGUUUUACCACGUUUUGGUAUAGUCAGCAAAAAACUAUUCCCAACAAAUUAUAUAUUGUUUGUGUUUAUUUUCAGCAGGCUUUGCUGCAUCAAAAAUAGACAAUUUGCUUAAUAGUUGACUUCUUUUAUAUACAAAAUAUACUGCCCAAAAUGAAAAAUGUAAUUUUCAGUAAAUUGCAUGACAAGUAACAGUGUAUUUUCUAAAAAACAAAAACAGGUUGUAGUCUAAAAAAGGGAUUUUACAAUUGGGAUUAUUUUACCUUUCUAAAACAAUAACAUGUGUUGAUUCAUUUUUCUAAUCUCAUAGAAGUAAUCAUUUUUUUUAUUUUUUAUUUUUUUUACAAAUUAGUUUUAUUUGUUUGUUUGUUUUUUUGUUUGUUUCUGUUCUUUGCUUGGACCUGCUUUUCAUACACGAAAUGAAAAGUACCUAAAUAUUUAGUUACUACUGCUGUACAUUUAGAAAAAGAAAAAAAAAACGAAUUAUAAUUUCAGAAAGGUCUGCUCACUUACUUUUGGUAAAGUUUACCUAUUUAUUUGACUCCACAAAGUUUAAUGAAUACAGUAGAAAAGGUAUACUGAUGAUAGAUAGAAUAGAAAAUAUGUGGCAGUACAAAACUAUUCUUUGAUUGUAACCCAAGUUGUUUAAUGGCCAUGCGAGUAAGUCACAUCAGUUGCAUGCUUUGACUGACAGAUCAGGCUUGUAAUCACUGUGAUUGGCUCUCAAGAUGAUCACUGGGCCUGUGGACCAAUUUACUAAACAGAGAACUGUAAGGGUUCGUUACAUUAGGAUAGUUAAGAUUAAAGAGAGUUAGGGAUGGUUAUUAUUAGGGUUAGUUAUGGUUAACUUGGUUUCAGGAUAGCUACGUUUUUCUUGGUUUGGUAACAUUAGGGUUAGCCAGGGUUAAUGUUAGCUGUUGCUAGAGUUAGCUAGUCUAGUAAGGUGAAGUAUGGUGACACACAGAUAGUGCCACUUCACCAAACAGUUUCUCUGGGAAGCAAGCUGUACAGAGGCAUGUCAAAUACAGAAUACACAAAGCCUUUAAAGGUUAGGAGACGCAAGAUCUGUGAAAUAUAAAAACUCACCUGUAUGGGAAAAAAAAACAUUAUAACUAAAUAAAGCAGAACUUCAUAAUUAAAUGACCAAGUGGAAAGACUAUACAGGCCCAAUAUCUCUUCUUUUGUAAUGGGUGGGGAUACUAUAGUGAGGAAAAGUGCAUUUGGGGUUGCGAUUUUGACGAAAACAUUACAUGAACUUAGUAAAUAAUUUGAUAAAAAUUAGACAUUUGAAAACUGAAACUGACAUAUCUAUACUUGAUCUAGACAUGGAUAUAAACUGUACUCGGGGGCAGUGGCUUCAUAACAGUUUGAUGUGAAAUUCCCUAUGAAAAUGAAAAGUGUUUGAAAAAAACAAUUAAUUAAAUAUAGCCUGAAGUUUCUGUGUAGGUUGGUGAAGAAAUAGUGAUUGAAAAGUGUCAAACCACUCUUAGUUAAAUACCACAGAGCUCUGAUUUUUUAUUUGUUUUGGUUUUGGAUUCCGUGACUGCAUUAAGCUUAUUGUCCUAGCACACCAAAUCUUUUCAAAUCUACAAUGGGGAGCACUUCAGAUCAUGGGAAAUGCAGAAACACACGCCGUUUUUUGGAGCAUAAUGUGACGGUAGCAUAGAUCUUGAACCAGAACUGUCGAUUACCUUCAGUAUUUGGAAUAAUUGUAUCCUUAAAGGACCACUAUAGUGCCAGGAAAACAUACUCGUUUUCCUGGCUCUAUACGGUCCUUAGGUCCCCCUCACCCUUUAGGGCCCCCCUCCCGCCGGGCUCUAGGGUGAGGAAGGGGUUAAUCACUUACCUUUUCUCCAGCGCAGGGCUCCCUCAGCGCUGUGGACUCUCCUCCUUCUUUCCCGUCAUCGGCUGAAUGCGCAUGAGCCGCGCGCGUUCAGCCAGUCCAUAGGAAAGCAUUCUCAAUGCUUUCCUAUGGACGCUGGCGUCUUCUCACUGUGAUUAAGCCCAAUGUAAACAUAGCAAUUUCUUUGAAACUGCUAUGUUUACAGCAAAAAGGGUUAAUCCUAGGUGGACCUGGCACCCAGAUCACUUCAUUAAGCUGAAGUGGUCUGUGUGCCUAUAGUGGUCCUUAAGGACCAAACUUCUGGAAUAAAAGGGAAUCAUGACAUGUCACACAUGUCAUGUGUCCUUAAGAGGUUAAAGCCAGAGGAUAUUUCUGCAAGAUUUAAUGAGAAAUGGGUUACAGGCGUAGAAACAGGAUUUUGUAUGGGUUGUAUAAUUUGAGACAAUCAGAAGUUGCAAUAAAUAGAAACAUACCAAAGUUUCAGCUCUUUAAUUUCCAGUUUUACAGUGUUCCACUAGAGGGAGUAAGAAUACAUCAAUUCCUUUCUAAAGACGUAGCCAGCUUUUAAUACCAUCAUUUUGGUGCAAACAUAAAUUUUGACUAGGAUUUCCAGAUCCACAGGGUUUUCCCGAACACGUAUCUCUGCCUGCCGGAGGGCAAUGUAUGCAGCUGCAAUGUAUUGUAUUUAUUUAUAUAGUAAAUCAGGGAAAUCAAUUAGUUAAUUAAGGCAAUUUCAUUGAUCUGCUUUUCUACAGCACAUGAAUUGUACACCAGUGCUCAGAAUUGCAAGUAAUAUGAUACUAGCCAUGUCUAAAUGUUACUUGCCACAGCAGAUCAACUACUGUAAAGUGACUGCUGUGAGUGGUCAGAGCAACAGCAAUGUCACAUCCCAUGCCUUAAUGAUCUGGCUGAAUGAACUGGUCUAACAGCAGUCGAGCUGUAACCUCUGCGGAAUUCUGCCUGAUCCCUUGGUGUAAACUCACUUCUACUGUCCGCACGUAUCAGUCGUGCAACCAUGGUUGCAAUAGGCUUCUGCAUUCAAGCAGCUCUGAGAAUACUUCCAUUGGGGAGGGUCAAUGAUACACCUGUCAGGGCUACGUUUCCUCUUGUUAGGCUUGAAUUUUUAUUUGUCAGUGGCUAGUGGGUGAGUAGAACUAUUGAGCCCUGCUUUUAAUGCGCCUCCUUGCAGUUUUCCAAAGUGCUGUGUGUCCAGGAAUUCAUCGUGACCUGGCAACCAUAAUUAUAAUUGUUUUUCUUGCCAGUAACAAGGUUCAGUAUAAUAAAAUUAUACUCAAAUAUAAUGAAAAAUGCUAACAAACAGUUUUUUUCAUUAACCUGUGAAUUGUCAGGAAUUUGAAGGGACACUAUAGACACCCAGACCACUUCAUCUCAUUGAAGUGAUCUGGGUGCAGUGACCCUGUCCCCCUUAGUCUUACAAUGUAAAAUAUUGCAGUUUUAGAAUAGUUCAUGUUUGCAUUGCAGAGUUAAAGGAGCACUAUAGUGCCAGGAUAACAAACUCCUUUUCCUGGCACUAUAGGGUUAUUUGGUCCCCCCCACUUUCCCCUUCAGCCACUUACCUAAAUCCAGCGCCGGGCUCCCUUGUUGCUGGUGACCUCUCCUACCCCUGCCAACGUCCGCUCCGAAUGUGCCUGAUCGGCCAGAGCAGCGUGCAUUCAAACCGCCCAUAGAAACGCAUUACUCAAUGCUUUCCUAUGGAUGUUAGCAUGUCCUCAAUACAAUUUUUGCAUUGAGGAUCGCGGAAGCUGCCUCUAGUGGCUGUCAGGAAGACAGCCACUCUAGGCUGGAUUAAACCUAGUGUAAACAUAGCAGUUUCUCUGAAACUGCUAUGUUUACAGCUGCAAGGUUAACCCUAGAUGGACCUGGCACCCAGACCACUUCAUUGAGCUGAAGUGGUCUGGGUGCCUAUAGUGGUCCUUUAAGACUGUCUCUAGUGGCUAUCUACCAGACAGUUACUAGAGGCGCUUCUUGCAGUUUCACUGAGUUGACUCAGUGAAACGAAGCUGGACGUCCUAACACUUUGCAUGAGGACAUCAAGUUUUCUCUAAAUCCCAAUAGGAAAGCAUUGAGUCAAUGCUUUCCUAUGGAAAGGUCUAAUGCAUGCAGGGUGAUUGCCGCGCAUGCGUAUUAGACUCCCCCAUCGGUUGAAAACAGCAGAGGAGCCCAGCCCAGCUCAGCGCUGGAAUCAGGUAAAAUUUCAAAUGUUUUGCUAAAAUAGCUGAACUGAAAACAUAACGGACUUACUGACAAUUUACACUUCAAUAGAUAAUAUCUAUGUUUUAACUGUCCUAUUUAAAUGAAUUUCUUGGCUAAACAUCACAUAAGUACAAUAAUGUUCAAUGCAUUUAAAAUUAGUAGAAGACGGUAAUUAUAUGGCAAUAAUAGCUGUAGAUUCAGUAAUGGUAAGACACAAACUGAUGUAGAUCAAAUUAAUUUGUAACACGUAUUUGAUCUGAAAUAAAUAAAAUCGGCUUGAGUUGAUCUACCCUGAUAGUAUUUGUUCUCCGUUCUGUUUUUCCCGAGAGACAUAUUAUAUGCUUGAAAACUAUCAAAAGCUAAAUGUAUCUUUCCUGGUUCAAUGAUUUGAUAUAAUUUAUAUUAUUAAAUUGUUAAAUGUCAUUGGUAAGGAUUUCUUACUAGCUCCAUUACUUAUAUUUUUUUAAAUCUCAGAUGAUCUAAUAUUAGUCUCAGAACCAUCCCCCUGGAUAAAUAUUUAAUAAAAUGGUUUUAUGCAGAAAUGACCCAGUGAUAUCUUCAUAAAAUCUCAGUUCCAUAUUUAAAUUAUUUUGGACAUUUAACACUGAUGGUAUUCACAUUAAAGCCUUGGGGGUGACAGCAGUUGAAUAACACAACAUGUACCAACUAGAGCUGGGUAGCAAUAGCUGCAACAUGGUUUGUAAAGAUGUUGAUACAUUGUGGCAUCUCAACGCCGUGUCACCCAGGCAUGGCACGCAAUGACUCUUGAGUGUUAAUCAGCCACCAGCAGGGUGCAAAGAACCAAGCUAGUACUCUAAUCAGGGGAGCCAAUCUCAAAUUAUUAUUAUUAUCAUCUAUAAAGCGCCAACAAAUUCCGCAGCGAUGUACAAUGGAUGGACUAACAGACAAGUAUCUGUUACCAGACUAAUUGGAUGCACAGAAACAGAGAGGGUUGAGGGCCCUGCUCAAAUGAGCUAAUUUCUAGCCUUAAUAAGACUUUUUCGCUGAAGCUGCACCCUUUUUUCCAAAAUAUGUGUCUAACCAUAAUAUGCAACCAUCGAGUGUCAUGUAAAAACUCACUUAUAAAGCACACCUUAAAAAACUUCAAAAGGAUAGAAGGGCACUUCAAUUUUAAGGAUGUGAGUGUGGGGGAGUUACCAAGGAUAGGCUGGUCUAAAAAAAAUUUGGUGACUUACAGAACAAAAACAACAUAUCUUAUUUAUACAGUUGUCAUAAAAACUGUAUUACUGUGAGUAUUAUUGCUCAGCUAAAAAUUCGGACAAACCAAGAACGCUGAGCUACAAGAAAGGGUUAUUAGGAUAAAAAAUUAUUAAUUUUUUUGGAUUUGGGUCCAAAAUAGGGACUAUCCCUCCUAAAUAGGCACACUUCGGAGGUAUGAUAUAAUAUUCAUAUAGAAUUAUUGUGUUGCCUAAAAUAAAAUAGAAGCUUCUGUGUUAUAUUGAUAUAUAUCAAAACACAUCUUUUAAUUAAAACCCCAUAAGCACACAUGAUGGAGAAUUUCCAUGAUUUUUGCCUUUUAUUUCUGAAGCUGUGUCCUUAAGGGGUUAACUAAUUUGUUACUGUUAGCCCUGAUCGUCUAUUUUUAUGUCACAGAUUAUUGAGAAUUUUAUUGAUGGUGGAAGAACGAUAUGGGGAUUUUUUUAGCCAAUAGUUUGAAUCACACAGACAGAACAGAAAAUAUAUUAUAUAUGCUUAAUGAAGCAUGCUGAACCCUUAAAACUCUUGUCACGAAACUAUCCUUUGUGUGUUGUUACCAUUUCUUUAGUAGAAGUGAGCAGAACUAGAUAUGGGAUGUAGUUAGUUCCAUUCUGAAAAUGCCCACAGUUAUGACCAGUUCUGAUUGCUUUUCUGAAGUGGUAGCUUUGUCUGGUGUUCCAAGUAGGUUUAUUACUUAUUUUACAGGAUUUUAAGUGGGGGAGGACCUAAUAUCGAUGCCCAGUAGAGCACUCUAGGUUUUAAAAAAAUGAUUAAUUUAAAAUGGUUGAAAAGUUGAACAAGUGAUACAUUUCAAUUUUGAAGGGAGGAGUAGACACAAUUUAACUAUGAAAUUUAGAACUUCUUAAACAUGCCCCAGUAUGUCUUAUGUUUGAUCAUAUUUCAUAUGUUUUUAGGAACAAAGACAAGUGGAAGAUCCCACUCGAGAGGUGAAGAAAGUACGGAAAGCACGGAAUCGCAGACUGGAAUGGAACAUGAUGGCUUACGAUAAGGAGUUCAGGCCCGAUAACAGGUUCUCACCAUCUCCAUAUCAUGUGACUUCUUCCGAAGGAUCUCUGUCCCCUGAUACUAGGCAUGUUCUGCGUACAAUGUGUCAGUACAUAGGCCUUUGAAGGCUGAUAUAGUAUGUUGCUAUUUACACCAUAGUAGGCUAAGAACAGUGUAUACAAUUGCAUACUAUGGGUUUAAAGAAGCACUAUAGUGUUAGCAAUACAAACAUAUAUUCCUACUGCUAUAGUGUUCUACUCACUAUUUGGAAAUGUGGGCCCCCUAUAUACAUUUAAAAAAAAGAGUUUUACUAAUCUUUUAGGAGCGUCAAGAUGAAGUCACUGCAGCCGCCCAAUUUGCCUCCGGUGACAUCACACUAACACCUUCUUUUUGUCCAAUACAAUGCUUCUCAUAGUGGACGAGAACCCCAAGCACAUCUAGUGCCUUGCUCCUCCAAUCAAAGCUUUCUAUAAAAAUCAUUGAUUGAAGAGCCGAGUCUGACUCAGUUAUGGAAGUGGAAGCACCCUCAAGUGGCUAUCGGGAAGACAGCCAGUAUAGAUGUGUUUAUCUCUGCAUUGUAAACAUUGCCAUAUCUACAAAAGGCAAUGCUUUAGACUAAAAUGCUAGGAGCACUGUACCCAGAUUAUUUCAUUAAAAUUAAGUAGUCGGGGCGCCUAUAGUGUCCUUUUAAGAAGUGAAAAUGAGGUGUGGUUUAGUACUCAACUACUGACCCACUUGAAAAAAAAUCUGUAUCUGUCAAUAUAAGUUAAACCAGGGAUCCUUCAAUUAUUGGUUGUCAAAAUAUAGCUCCUCCCCUUGUGUGUGUUUUUUUGUGGUAUUCGUGGUAAUAUAUUCUGAAGUGUAAGGUUUAUGUUGGAAGUCACUUUUGUAUAUAUUUGCAUGAGAUUAAACCUGCAAUGCUUGUACUGUUUAUCUAGUGGUGAACUAUUGGAUGGUUUAAUAUGGCUUUCAAUGAAAUCACUAUAUUCGAGUAUGUGUUUAGUUGAAUAAACAAAGCAUGACUUAAAUGCUAAUAUUAGACAUAAUAACAGGGUAUAAAUACAUUCUAUAUGCCAUGUGUCACUUUAGCUAGCUCAUUGUGUGCAGUGAAAUGUCCUUAUACUCAUCAAGUUGAAUGUAAACUCUGUAAUGGUUGGUGGAUUGUUCGGAGUGGAUCAUUAGAUGUGUGUUAACAUGUCAAGAGUACAGAUAACAUUGCUUCUUGUAUAUCAUCUGCAGGUCCUAUGCAUCUGAUCUUGAUCACUCUUAUCCCGCCAGCCCUAAUCAUCCUGGCCAACAGAUCCUGGGCCCAGCCCCUCACUUAACACCAGAAAAUAAGGAGAUUAUCUUAAUGGCAAGUCAGGCACAGGAGCAUUGCUACCGUACCUCUGCCCCUAGUACACGUCAGAACAGCCUAAACAGAGCUCAGCAGGCUCAUGUACCCCAGCCACCAGAAGCCACCCCAAAUGGACCACGUCCACACGUUCUGAAGGAUUAUGGGUAAGUAGAAAAAUAUGGUAUGUGUGAAAGAAAAAAAAAAGUUGUAGAAGUAAGUAGCUAUUUUUGUUAAUGCAAUUACUGUGCAAAACCAAGUGUUUGUAAAAAAAAUGAAUAUAUUUUAUAUUUUGCAUGCCAUUUAUAACUGCCUUAUGGGAGAUAGGCCAAGACAUAUGUUGCUGAGUUUAACAAAAAAGAAUGUUGGGUAUAAUUGCAGAGGGACUAAAGUGCGAUUAGUACUAUUUUAUCAAAUUAGAGUCGUUGUCCCCCCUACGUGACAUCUGAUAGUUCUCUCAGUGAGCUGUUUGCUGAAACUCUGAUUAGGAAAAUACAAAGUCUUUCAUCUAUGGUUAAAAUAUUCUAACCUCAACAAUAUUAAUACAUUCCACAGUAAAAGUAAAAUAAUAUGCAAAAUUUCCUUCAUGAACGAUAUUUCUAUCGUGUUCCCUUUUAUACUUGAUUCACCAGACGGAGUAAGCUUGUUGUGAAACCAGUCACCAUCAUAUUAAUUCCAUUUGUCCAUAGUCACAUGUUCAUUUUUGACCAUCACAUUACAGGGUUCCCCUGGUUACCUUUAUUAUAAACAUGUUACUUGCAUUGUGAAUUCUGUUCUGUAUUUUGAUCAAAUGGCUUAUCAUGCAAUGCACGAUAUACAGACAAAAACCUAAGUGGCUGUUAGUAUAACGUUACUGGUACAAAAAUCUCAAAGUCAGUUGGUCCAUUUUAAAUAAGAAUAUAUUUUAAGCAAACACAGCUUCAGUUCAUAGAUAACACAUGUAUUUUUUUUGGGGGGGGGGGAUACACAUUCCUAAUUGCUUUUGGUUGUAGUAGAAGGGUUCAGAAUCUUGGAGAGCUCACACACUCUCUAUAUAUAUUAUUACUAUUUGCAAUCAGCAAUGUGUUCUUACCCAGCCAAGAAAUCUCUUAUGCCAAAUACUGUUCAUUCCCAUUCUCAGGCAGCAAACGCUUGGCCAAUGUGCCAGUUUUAGAAAACUCAUUGAAUUAACUCAGUCAUUACCAAAGAGCAUUAUCCCGCAGUCUGGUUCAAUUUUUUUUGGCACUAUAUAAAACAUUGAGUGUAAACACACACAGUCUAUCAAUGCUAGCAGUACUGCAGGAAAUUGUACAGGUAGAAAGGGUGUUGGUGAUUCCAGAGCGUGCUACCAUAUGCAUUAAUGGCAUAUUAUUAAUGCAUCUUAAUGGCACAAGCCAAUUUGAGCAGGUUGUUGUUUUUUUAAUAUACUUUGAUUGUAAUGUUGCAAAGCACAUAUCUUAUGCUUUACAUCUUAACUGGAUAUACCGAUAUUUUUUAAAGGGGAUUUGACCUUAACUGUGUAGGGUUUUGAUGUUGAUAUGCAUCACAUUCAAGCUAAUCAUUAAUCUACUACCUAAAUAUAUUAUUUAUAUAUAUUAUUCAUAUUACUUGGAGUCUAGACUCUAGAACAUAUAGCUUCUGUGGAAUUUUAAGAACAAAUUAUGUUUGUAUUAUUAAAAAUCAACAUUAUUUUAUUUACAGAUAUUGAUUACUAAAACUAUUGCUUUGAUUUUGCUAUUACCAAUGGAAGAAUGCAAUUAUUUCUUAGGAAAAAGAAGCAAACAUUUCAUUUGCCAAUAGAUGGAUGUUGCCUUGUGAAUCUCAGUAUGUAGUGAAGUCUAUCUGGAACCUAUAAAUGCAUUCAACCAACAGCCUCUAGAUUUUUAUGAGAUGCCUUGGUGACUUGCAAUAUCCAUGCUAAUUAGAUUAUGGGUUAUUGUAUUCCAUACACAAAGUAAUUACCAAUGCUUUCAAGUUGAACAAAGCAGGUUUCGUAUAAUUAAAGUAUCAGCGUUACCACCCCACAAAUGGUAUUUAUAAACCACAAUACCAGAGGCAAAGCAUGAUUACUUACAUUAACAGGUAUGUUCUGUUAAUGAAAAGUCUUGGAUUGACAAUUUCUCUCUGCUUCUGUUGGAAAAACUAAUAAAUUGUUGCUAGAUAGAAUUUCUGUGUGAUCCAUUUUUAUAUUUUCCUUGACACGUACCUGUCUUUCUCUCACACCCACACUACUCCCAACACAUACCCAUCUGGGCUAAUAUCCCAGGGUUCUGUGGCACCAUCUGUGGUACCUGCUAAUAGCAAUAUUUCCAUGUUGAGUUCUCUACAAAUUAGGCCUCUCCAUCCCACUUUUCCUUUUUCCUUUUUAUGUUUUGGGAGCUCAGCAGGUUCCUAAUGAUGAUAUAUUUGUUGUUUCAUGUUUUACUCUAACCUUUCACACAAUGUACUCAAUAUGACUAUUACGUUAAUCAUCUAUUUAUCCACUGUUAUAACUGUUUUAAUAUAAGAUGUAAAGCUAAACUAUGUGCCCUGAAGUAUGAUGAUUGAUGAUGCGGGGAUAAAGCAAUUGAAUGUAACAUGUUAAAAUUCAGUUACCCUUUUCUCUUUGCAGUGGUCAGCAGAUGCCAGUUACAGAAUACUUUGUGCCCCCUGCUCCCCCACCACCUCCCCCCAUGAUCCCCUCAGCACAAACUGCCUUUGACAGCCCCAUUUCUGCACCCACUCCAGUGGCACCCAAUGUUGUUGCCUCUAUUUCUCUCUCUUCAUAUAUCCCCUCCCCUCCACCAGCACCACCAUGUCCUUAUUCUGUCUCCCCUCCUCAAGCUGGCCCUAUGGGACCCCCUAUGGCCCCUCCUCCCCCUCCCCCUGGUCCCCCAACUAUCACUCCAUCUCCUGCUCAUUCGGCUUCCCCUACUCCUGUCACUGUGGAAACAAGAAAACCUCAAAUUCCACUCAUCCCAAUGAGCGAUGCCAGGAGCGACUUACUGGCCGCAAUCCGCAGAGGUAGGUACUCCCUUCCUAUUUAAUGUUUAAAUUGGAAAAACAAUUGACUAUUCUAAAACAAUUUUACAAGAUAAUUGCUUUUUCUUUUUACAAUACUCUAUGCUACCAAUGCAAGUUGACAGACAAAGGUCUCUCGGGUGCUUAAAUAAUACAUUUCAGUGUUGUUUUGCAUAAAAAUAAAUACUUUUUAAUGAAUUUAUUCCCAGUUUUUCCCUGGAGACUAAACAGAGAAAGAAAUGUUAAAUUUAAAUGUUAGAUAUUAGAAGAGAAUGGAAAUCUUCAUAUUAAAAGUUGAACUGUGCAUAUUCACAUUUUAUUACCUUGUGCUCAUUCUGAAGGUAUCCAGCUCCGGAAAGUCCAAGAGCAGCGUGAGCAAGAGGCUAAGAAGGAGCCAGUUGGAAAUGAUGUGGCCACCAUCUUGUCCCGGAGGAUUGCUGUGGAAUACAGUGAGUCGGACGAUGACUCGGAACUCGAAGAAAAUGAAUGGUCCGACUAAGGUUUCAGUCAACUAUCAGCACUGUUCUCACCUCUCCUCACACUGUCGAUGAUGGUUAUGCCAACACAACUGUUAAUACCUGUAGCUUGUGCAAGAGUCAGAAAGAAUCCUGAGCUUCACGUAUUGUUUUGUUUUUGCGUGCUAUCACAAUAUGUUGCACAAUGUUUUAAAGAUUACCAUUGACAACGUCAGAGAUAUGCAGGUUUAUUUGCUACACCAAGAAAUGUGGAAAAUUGACAAAAUAAUUGCAAGUCAUAGAACAAAAUAACUGAAUUGAAAAAAAAUCUUCAAUUCACUAUUUUUCCAGUUAUAUUUACCUAAACUGUACUUUCACAUUCCACAAUUCGCACUUAAGUGAAUAAACUCUGUGGUGUGCAAAGAUAAAGUAGUAUGAUUGAAGAAGAUGCUGCUGAAGAGUACACUGAAUAUUAUAUAUAUUAAAAUAGCACAGACAUGUAUUUAAAUGAAUCAUAUGCGUACCAUAACAACCUGCAUGAUCAAACAGUUGGAUUGAGAUACAGGUAUCAGGAUGUUAAAAAGACAUUAAACGUUAACUUAUAAUAGGUUUUUAUUAGAUGAUACCUAAGAAGAUCUUGAUAUAUAUUUGUAAAAGGUAAUUAAUUUGCCUAAUUUAUUUUUAUUGCAAACGUCAAAAAACUUAGUUAAAUGAUCAGUGAAUUAUAAAUAUUAUGCCAAAGUUGCUGAAAUGUAUAUAUUCUCCUACUUAUUAGAAAUUCAGAGGCAAAUACACUAUUACAUUUAUAUUCCAACUUUUGGUCAUGUGCCAUUUCACAUACCACCCAUUUAUAUCAACACAUUAUUGGCCCAUUUAAUAGUGCUGACCCUACACUCUUGAACCAAUUUUCCUCAAAUUUUGAGAUGCACACUUUGCAACUUACCCACCAGAAUAUGUGUAAUAUAGUCUAUUUGCCCAUUGAGCAGUACAUCCAUUUCUGUCCAAAGGGUUAAGAUAGACAAACAUAAUUUAUACCAUUUGCCCGGUGAUCACUUACUCCUCUGCAAGGAUGUCCGUCAUAAUAAAUGGGCAUCAAUACAUUUGCUUACCUUGUUAUGGUCUAAUGAAUGCAUUAUUGAAUUGACAUGUGGACACCGCAAAAGCUGUAUAGGAGUUAUGGUGUCAUUGCAAAAGCUGUGAGUGCAGACCUUAUUUCCAUCUAAAUCCACAAUGCAUUACCUCUUCUUAUGAACAUAGAUUAUCCUCUAAACAUUGCCAAGCUACUCCUUAACACAGGGAUGGUUAUAAAUAAUGCAUACUUCAGGGCUAUCGUAAGUGAAAUCUUCACCAAAGGAAUCUGUUUAACCCCUUAAGGACACAUGACAUGGUCGUUAAGGGGUUAAAGCAGAGGGCUAACGUUGAUUGCUCGUUUACAUUCUUUUUUAAAUGUCCUCUUAGCAAGAAAAUGGAGAAUCAAAGCCAUUACAGUAUAAUCUAUUUAUUAAAUAUGCUAAAAUAUAUUGGAGAUUUUUCACAGACUUAGUGUAUAGCACGAACAUGGACACAGACAGUUAUCAGUGAGAGUGGCAGAAGAGCUUUUAUCUUAUGCAUCACUGGCCAUUCCUGCGUAUUUAGAUAAGCCUCACUGCUGCUAGUGUCAUACUGAGCCAACCUGCAGGGAUAGACCAUUGGUGCAGUACAAUAAUGAGCUUGAAAGAUACCUUGUAACAUGGUUAGUUCAUAAACAUAACUUAGUCCUGGGGUUUAGUGCACAUUCACAACACAAAGUGAAUGUAUAAACCGCUACCUUAUCUAUUCUAGUUAAUUUGUUAAUCUCAUAGAUAUUAUUUUUCCAAUCAGCAAUUUUAUAGCUGUUUUUGAGAUUCCUUUGUUAUCAAACGGCAUAUUAUUUGGUACAAAUUAUCAACCUUCCUUGGGAAUUACCUUGUGCCCUAAACGUUGGCUUUGUGCCCGAUCGGAGCUGGGCAGCUUAUCCUUGUCAAAGAUUUAAUAUAAGUUAUAUCUAAUUAGAGCUGAGAUGCAUCCCUAUUAUUGCUGGACUACAACUCUGAUAAUAUAUUUUGAUAUCUUUUAUUUUAGUGCCUUUGUUUGUAAAUAGCUAUGCUUUAAAGCAUUAGCUCCCAAAACCAGUCUUUAUUUUGUCUGCAUUCAGCCUCCCAGUCGGGACAAAGAGCAGUAUGCCGAAGCUGCUGAUAGCACGAUAUGCAUUUAAAGAGAAUGUCAGUGGUAUUUCCCACUUCAGAGGAUUCACUGGCAGACUCCUCCAUCUAAAACAGUUGAGUUUAUCAUUUCAUCCGGUCUCCUAGGAAACAAUAUUUAAGCUCCAACAUCAAAGCUAUCCUCUGCUUUUGCCUUUGCAUCUUGUUGUUGAAUCACACAGAGAAGCUUUAAAUAGCUAGCAUCCUGCAACUUUGCAACUUAUUUUUUAUUUUUCUUGUCCCUAUUAGAUUUGUCUUCUACUUUUACGAACAUUAAUUUAUAAAGAGAUGAGGACAUAUUUUUAGUAUCACUUUUUUUUCCUUAUGACUAUUGAGUGGAUAUGUUUUGAGGGCAUUUAACUCUUUUGUACCAAGAAAAAUGUAUUUGUAUUUUUAUUUACGUUUAUGGCAUAGUAUAGUAUUUAUUGAAAUCUAACAAUUUAAUUCACCAGGUCCAUUCGCUUCUUACAUUUUUUUCGAAGUCUCAAUAUAUACUUGACCUGUAAAUUCUUUCUAUUGAUGACUCAUCUCUAUCAGAACCCUUUGUUAACAGCUGCCCUUACCUUGUCUGUUGAGAUGCUGUUCUCUAAAGCUAUUACAUAUUCCCCAAUAUUGUGUCCCCCCGUCCCAUUUUUGCUUACUAAAGGAUCUAAGAUAGAAAAAUAGAGAGAGAGAUAGAGAACACAUAUAACGUCUGAAAGGUUAGGGUUAAUAUUUAUAUUUUGUUAAAAGGAGAUUUAAAGAGCACAAAGCACGCUGUAUAUAUAUGUAUAGAUAUACUCUUUUUUUGUGGCUAAUGUACAGGGUCUGCAGUUUUUUAAAGAUGGAUAUUUAUUAAUGGUUUGGAUCAUUAUAUAAGACUAAUUCUCUAAGAAGCAUGCUGGGACUGUAAUACAAGAUAUGUCAUCCAUUUUGUCUUGAAGAUUCUAUAAUAUUUACUGGCUUAUCAUUUAAAUUGUGCCUGUUUUCAAUUUACAUCUACAUGAUGCAAUUAAAAAAGGUCCUUGCUGCUAGGCAUGAAAAAGAGUAAAAUGGACAAUUAAUAUAACAUUGGCAGCCAUAUUUAAAGUUACCUAAAAACAAAAUGAGCAGCUUAGUGUGACGCCAUGUUUUUAUAUACUGCUUUAAUUUGUACAGGUUCCCAAGCCUAUAUUUAUUUAACUGCCCUAAAAAUGAGUUACCAUGCCCAGAAAAUCUUGGGGAAACUAGCGUUCUCAAAUAUUACAUACAUAUUGCUGGAUGUUCUAAGGUUCCAUGUUUGGAUCGUUGAUGCUAUGUUAUCAUACAUAGAGCACUCCAAACCAAGUCCUUGAUGUGCCAAAGACAACAUGGGUCUUCUGUGUCAUACUUAGCACUAAUAUGUAAAGGAAACUGUUAAAGAAAUCAUAAAAAUGUGUAGUAGAAGUUCUAAUGGAUUGUUUUGGAAAGUUAGAACCUACAGACUGAGGCAUUAAUUUCAUCCGAGGGAAAAUGGAGAAACUGGAAGGGUAUUUUUCACCAGUAACAGGUCCACAGGCUAUCCCAUCUUAGUUUCAUACAAUGCUACAUACAGACUUGUAAACCCCUACAAUGUAUAUUGCACACCACCACAGCUCUUAUAGGUGAUCAACAAUAUAGCUCUCUCUGUACUGGAGUUUGGCUCUGAAGUGCAUGUUGUGACUAAAAUAUAUAAUAUAUUUACUAAUUGAAAACCAGAGCAAUCUGAAUGUACCUUUCCUGGUUAGAUACUUUCUUAUUAUUGUUAUUAUUAUAUGUAUUUUGUGUGAUAUUAAUUUAAAAGUUUAAAACCUGGAAUUAUUCAAUCCCCUCCUACCCAUUUUCAUUUAUUGGCCUUAUGAAGCAAAGCUGUGAUGAAAAGGCCUACUAUAUAUAUAAAACACAUACUUUAUACACUGUGAAAUAUUUUUUUUAAUAUAAGACCACAAAUAAUGAAAUCCUUUACACACAAAAAUAAUAAGGAGAAUUUGUUUUUUUAGCUUUUUCAGUCCAGUUAGAUGCUUUGAGUCCUAUUGGUAAAAUAUUUUUAAUAUAUAUAGAUAAAACCAUUACAACAUGUUUUAUUGGGGCACUAUCUUGCUUUUUUGUGCUGCAUUUUAUGUGAAGUGCUGAUAAACGAUACAAUCUCAAAGCUGCAGGUCUUCUUCCUGUAUCCUUAUUGACUAGUAUACUGUCCAUCACAUUUUUGCAAUUAAAUAAACCAAAACAGUUUGGGCUGUACCGUUUAAUAAGCUCUUUUCCACAAAGUGUUCAUUUAAGUAACCCUCUGAAAUCUUAAGAGUAGCUGCUCCAUACCCAGCAUUAGUAGUUGGAUUGGUUUAAAAAAUCAGAUUUUUUUUUUUUUUAAGGGAUAAUUAUGCUAAUAGUGAUACGAACUAUAUUACAAACUAUAUAUAAAAUUUUCUUUUUGGUCUAAUUUUUUAAGUCUCUUUGCAAUUCUUAGCGAAUGAAGACUGCUUAGUAAAUAAACCAGUUAUGGAGCCAUUCAACAAUUGUGCCAAAAUAUUUUCUAAGAGCCAUAUUGUCAUUGUGAUGGUCGGGAAUCGUAAACGUGUGGGCUUUCUUAGGAUUUGUCAAAGCCAGAUCUUUAAAUGAUUUAGGGAAGAAUACAAAAAUUACACAUUUCAGGGAUUUAUGUCAACCAAUACAACAUUUUAAUUAUGCAUAUGUAGUAGAUGUUCCUCAAUCAAGCCAUGAUGCGGUAGCCUCAUGCUUAUAUACUUUCUGCAUAAAGUAGUCUAAAGAGUGGAACAGAGUUGAUGGGCAGUCAUAGUGAAAAGGUAGUUUGCAAGCCAGCUCUCUCUCUGUCAACGAACCCUCAUCCCCCACCUUGCUCAACCUUAAAAAAAGAGAAUGGAGGAGCAAUGAUAGCUCAUGAAGGGUCCGGAGACCAUUAUAGUUUUAACAUGAACACUGUACCCCUUAGUCCCCAACAUGUCUGCUUUGUAUAUGGAAUAGUUAUGCCUCAGUGUAGAGCAGAUAUGGCCGUCCAUUUAAUUUUAAUUAACUGGAGGGGAUUUAUGGUACUUGUCAAUUAAUCCCCCCCCACUUUCUUCAAUUUCAGCCUGGACACUAUGUUGGUUGCAUGCAGUAGUGGAGAAGCAACACACAUACACAAUUCUUUUAGUAUGGCAAAACUUGUUGAAUGACUCCUUGAGUUUUAUCCUCCUUUCCUGUUCCCAGCUCUGCCCUUCUAGUCCACCUUCGACUUGAACCAGUAAGAUGAUGUCCUUAUAAACAGGUGGCCUUUGAUUAGCAUUUGCGCAACUGUCUGCAAGAAUGCUUGGCUGAUGGACCUGUCUGUGUUGUUAGAAAGAAUCUCUGGAGAUUUACAUUGCCAGGGAACUUUGAAGUCUAGAGGUAGAAGACACAGAUCUACAAAAUGUAUGAACCAAUGAAAAGCACUGUUUGAGAAUAAAAAACAUUUUUCAAAGCUUUGUAAAAAAAAAAAAAAACCUACCCCAAUGAAUAAAACCAAAAUGGGACCGCACUUUUAACUCCCUCAUUAAUGAAAGGGUUUAACAGAUUCACUAUUUUUAAAUGUGAUCUUAGUGAUAUAGAUAUAUAAAUAUAUAUAUAUAUGUUGCUGCCCGUAUUUCAAUCUCCUGUAUACAGCUGUAAACUGUAAGUGAAUGCUUUGUUCUCAAUGUAGCGGAGUUGUGUGGGUGAACACACUAUCCCAGGAGAUGUAUGGUGACAGUAUAAACACAGCUGCUGUAUUAUUGUCCAUAGGACCACCAUGAAAUGCUGCUUGUUGUUACAUUAUUGUAAAAGAGGAAAGGAUUUAUGUAUUUGUUGAAACAACACAGAGCCAUUGACACGUAUUGCAUGUGUUAAUUGAGUACAAUAAAC